AUUAACAACAAUGUAAAACUUGACAGGACCUUGUUUGCACCCCUCCCGUCUCCUCUGUCGCGUUCAGAUCCUCCUCCAGCCUCUUUAAACACACUCACCGCCACUCCAACGACAUUUUGGGGGUUCGGUCUCAGCAGUCCGUCCUCACACCCCUUCUCAGCUCUCUGUGUGAAUCGGAGGACAUUUCUUCUCCAUCGGAACAAACCGAAACCGAACACAGACUGAGCCGUUGUAGGCGACUUCUGUGGGUGGAUAAGCGGAGGGCAUCCGGCGGGCCUGACUGCUCCGGAGAGUCGGCUUGAAACGACGGAAUUCACCAUUUCAGGUAAAUUCACUCAAAUGUUCUGUGCGGGCAACAUUUAGCCUGUCCGAUAAUGGACACCGUGACGUUACAUGCUUAUCGGCCGUUUAGGACGAGCAGUGAACAGCGUCUGUCUGAAAAUGACAACACAGAGGAAACGAUAGCUGAAGAGUUAUCCAACCAGACACCACAUGCAUUUAAUAUUGUACAGCUUCCCUUAAUUGUCCUCUCUUCUAUUUGGACCAAAACCAGAAGCCAAAAUCUUCAUUUCUGGUGCAAAUAUUCUGGUUUGUUUACAUAACGUUUUGGCAGCCAGACUACCCCCAAGCGACAGGAGUCUUUCUGUAAAUUCUUCGACAAAUUGUAGGAAUAUAAGCCUGAAUUAGAGCAAAGUAUAUGUUUGAUAUUGAUAUUAAACAUUUCUCAUGUAGUGGUGAUAUUUCCAGUAUUGAGAGUUGAUGCUGUGGUGUUUAUAAUGUGGGUGUAUGUUUAACUCAAGCAGUCACCUGUGCCAAGUUAUAAUCUUGUAUGACUAAUAUGGCUUCAUUCAGUACUGUGGUGCUUCCAGUUUUGUUAUUGUCACAUUCAAGUCAUAUGAAAAGAACCAGCUGAAAGCAUUUCCUCUUGUUGACUUGGAAGGAUGGUAAAUUUAUGCUUAUCUUGAAAUGACGAGUGAUCAUUUGUAAAUUUGGCCAGUUUUGUCAGCUCUCUUCAGAUUCUACUGAAGGUUAGAGAUAAUGGUGUCAGUUCUCCUUGUAAGGUGUCUCAGAGAUAAAUUACUCAAUGUAGUCGAAAAUUAUUCUAAGAUAUGUUUGGUUUACUACAAAGCUGUGAGUCAGGAUGUCAUUAUAGUAUCGUAUGAACACUAUAUGAAUGAGCUGAGGGUAGCGGAUGACCAUAUCAAUCACCUAUCGCCCAAUUCUUUGUCUGAAUUGUCACUUUGAAUUCAUAUGAAAAGAACCAGCUGAAGUCGUUUCCUUUUGUUGACUUGGAAGGAUUGUAAAUUUAUACUUUCCUGGAAAUGAUGACUGAUCAUUUGUAAGUUUGGCCAGUUUUGUCAGCCCCCUUCAGAUGCUACUGAAGGUUAGAGAUAAUGGUUUCAGUCCUGCUUGUAAGGUGUCUCUAAGAGAUAAAUUAAUCAAUGUGGUCAGAAAUUAUUUUGAGAUUGUUUGGUUUACUACAAAGCUGUGAGUCAGGAUGUCAUUAAAGGUCCGUGUAUUAUCCGUCCAUUCAAUUCUUCAAUUCAAUCUAGUAAACGAAAAAUGAAAAAAAUAAGUCAACAUUUCGUUUAUUUGUUUUUCUGUAUAACUAAAAAAUAAAACAUUAGUGUUUGUUUUUGUAUAUUUUAGUUCAAAACAGAAUAUGUAAUAGAGAUGGAAACGAAAACAAAAUAAUACAUCUACUUUUCGUUUUCGGGUUAUUGAUGUCACCAUUUCCCACGGUGCCUCUCAACUUUUCACACAUGCUCAUUGCGCAACAAAGUAGCCAACAACGUGAACCAACAACUCCAGGCCAGAGCGGUAGAGAAAGGCUAACCUGCGGUCAUGGAGAUGGACGCAUCCUACGUAUUAUUCAAAGCCACCAAGAGGGUUACGCUGACGGAAGGAGAUAUGACUGUAGAAAAAAUAGCAACCAGAGCUCUGAUACAACGUAAGAUUUUGGCGCUCGAACCGCUCUGUCGCACCUUUCUCCAUGGUAACUGUUGCUGAGGAUCAUGGGAGGGCCAAUGUAGCCUCCAUGCACGUAUGCUCAAAACAGGCGCACUCAAAAUCAGUAAUUGUAAAUAAUAAUAAUAUAAUUGUAUAAUAAAUUUAUUAUUUUGUUUGCGUUUCCUUACAAAAACAAACACUAACUUUUUAUUUUUUGGCUGUACAGAAAAACAAAUAAACAAAAUAUUGACUCAUUUUUUUCGUUUUUCGUUUACUGGAUUGAAUGGAUGGAUAAUACAUGGACCAUUAUAGUAUUGUAUCAACACUAUAUGAAUGAACUGAGGGUGGCGGAUGACCGCAUCGACCACCAAUCACCCAGUUCUCGGUCUGAACUAUGCAUGAUGCGUUUAAGCUCUUUUCCACGUCCCGUUUGACCUGAAUUUCCUACAUCACCCUUCAUCCAGAACUACCGGACCCUCAUUUGUGUUGGUGGUGUGUAUACGAGUGUGUGUAUUGACCCACAAUGAAAUCUAGGCUGUUGACUGUGAGAGUGAUACACCCCCACAGGACAAAGUAAUUACCCUGACAGCCCCCUCCCUCCGGUGUCCGUGGGCCAUAUAGCAGCACAUGUAUUGAUCUGUCUCUGCAUUAUGUCGCAUACAGCAGAAACAGGAGAGCUGAGUGCUUGUUCUGUGAGCGUGUGUACCCGCACACGCAUACGCUAGCAGUCUUCCUCACCCUCUACCCCAGGGGACCGAUGAGAAUAGGUACAGUACAGCUGUGAGCAGACGCAGAGUGACAUUAUGAGAUUUGUGAUAGUUUCAGUUUACACAAUGAAGGUGACGUGUGACGUGGAAGACCUGCAAUGAAUGUAACAUGGCAUGUGUGUCACAAGAAUGGCUGAUUAUGCCAUUCAGGGUUUUCAUGAAUGUGCGUCAGGAAGCCUCAACUUUAUGUUUUCACUGUGGAGUUUAUCAAAGUUUACAGAAGUCCAGUGCUGGAUAAGAAAAUCAUUGUAAACAAUCAUGCUUGCACAUAGCAUCUGUAGUCCUGGGUGUAAUGUUUUCACUGUUUUGGAAGCUUAAACUCUCAGAUUAAUGGGCGCCACUUCAAACACGAACAUCACACAGACAGAAAACAUGACAUUCAGUUGCAUAAACUAUAUCAUAUGGUGUUGUGCAGGCUUAGAGCCAAAUCAUCGGCAUGCCCCACUGCCCCAUUGGCAUGUGCGGAAUCAGAACCGAACAGACAAGAACAGAGAUCACGCUUGUUAGGGAAAUCAUUGAAAUGUAGCUGAUGGCAUUAUGCUACUGCGGGGGGAAAACAUCUCUGUGCCUGUCUCCUGAAUUAUUCUGAUGUUCUUUACUGUAGCGUUUGCCUCGUCUGAAGCCAGAAUCAAAAGGGCAUGUGGAUGAUCCAGAGCAGUUAAUCCUAUAACAUUGGACCUGCUUAGUGAUAGCGCGGCUAACAAAACUUACAUAACCUUUAGCUCGUAGAGAAUUUAAGGGAUAUGAAGCAUUUGAAGAGACUCCCAAGAAAUUACAUCACAGAAGGGUACAAUGCCAGUGGAGGUCCGUGUUUAUUAUGCAGAUGUAACCAUCAAAAUGCACUUUGCUUUGCCUCUCAAAAAAUGACUCUAUUCACAACCUAAACCUUUAGUUUAAACCUUUAAUUGGUGUAGAUGCCAGUUCUUUUUGGUGGACACGAUCUUUUAUAAUAUUUGUGUAUUGUGUGGUUAUAUGCAGGGUUGAGUGUCACGUGGUGUGGGUGGAGGUAGUACGUCAGCACCGGUAGUAAGUCAGCUGUUCACCUGGUGGGUUUUGUGGAUGAAUGGAAAGAAGGUGAAUGGGGAAGCCCUACUUUUUGCUUACCGCUUAUGUUUCGCUUUUUUCGCUUAUGUUUCGUCUGAUUUUGAAGGACUGCCCUUUUCUGCUUCAUGUAAGUGCUUUGUCUUUUUGCAUUAAUAAAACUACAAACAGAGAUACAGCCUAUUUUUUAAAGUUUAUACAGCCAGCCUGUCGGGCAAGGCACAGUUUUCCCCUACUCAGCCUCUCGGUGACUUAGUUGUUUUGGAUAGUCGCCAUACAACUGGAAAUGCAGCAAGUGAUUGACAUGAUUAGGAAUAAAAGGGCAUUGGAGGUUGAGUUUCACGAUCUGCAGGACAUAGAAAUACAUACAUAGAGUGGGGUGAAAUUUCUUUACAAAAGGGACAAUGGCUGAGCACCAGUACUGUAUGGCUGUGAUAUUUAAGCCUUCAGGCGGCAGUGUAUUGAAACAGAUAUGACUCUGCAGUGGGAAUCAUCACAUGGGCAGUCCAAAAGCAGCCACUGUGGUGGUAUGGAGAUGAAUUAGUGCCCAUAGCGUGGGUAGCUUACAUACCCAGGAAGGCACCCUGAAUACUGAACAGUAUACAGGUUUUGCUGUCUGCCCUGUAAAUGCCACUUUCAAGGAAAGACCUCAUUAUUCAGCAAGACGAUGCCAAACUUCAUUCUGCAGGUAUUUUAACAGCAUGGCACUAUAAAAGAAGAGUCCAGAUGUUAAACUGUCCCGCCCACAGUCCUGUUGUCACCCAUUAUAAAACAUCUGGCUCAUAAUAAAAGGGAAACUUCAAAAAAGGAGACCUCAAACUGUUACGCAGCAACAUGAGAUUCAGAUUGUUUUAUUAUCAAGCAGGAUAUUUAGGGAAAUGACAUCUCAUUUGUAAAAACACAAACAUAGGGAAUGACAAAUAAUGUGUAACACUGUGGAUUGUCUAUCAAUAACUGAAAUAUGCAGGGUUUGCUGUAUAAAGUAUAUUGUGCACAAACUGUCUUUGAAGAUGCAUCUGCACAUAGAUAAUCUGGGGUAGGAAAACAUGCUUGUAUCCCACCAUGCUUUGCAACAGAGAUGAUGCACUUUUACUGAUGAUCAGGCUCCAAAACACUGUUGCCAAUGACAACCAGUCCAGCAGCUUUCUAUCUGUCUCUUCCUUUCUCUCUCACUUUUCUCCGCCUUUUAUAUAACUCCAACUUGUGCGAUGUAUUAUUCAUCAGAGGAGCGUGUGUACGUCUCUAUAUGAGUGUGUGUUUUCCUACAUAUGGGUGUCCUGCACUGUUACUCACUGCAGUUUUUUCAGUGUGUAUGUUUUCUUAUUAUGAAGUGUGUGACUGCAGCCUGCUUUGUAUGAAUGCGCUGCCCAUAUACCUGUGUGCAAAUAUGUUUGUUUGUGUGUGUGUUCCAGCUCCAAUCGCAUCCUUGUUUUAUUUAUCAUUUCUCUUAAAGAAGAACAGAAAUAGGCAAAUAUGUGGAGCAGAGCUAAAUCUGAAAGGCUUAAGGCUAACCAGUAUUUGCCAGCAGCCCCAGGGGCUGAUGGGAAAUGUCUUUUUUCCCCCACUGCACCGCCGCAGGGUGGGCAUCAUGUAGGUGAAGUAGUAAUUAUCUGGGUUUUUUUGGGGUCUCGAUAAUUCUAGGGUUUCAGAAUGAGUACAAUUAGUGUGGGCUGGGUGCAGCUUGAACACACACUUGCUCACACCUAUACACACACACACACAUAUGCACACGUAUACACACAAUAAUAAGGAAAGUUAUGUGAGCCAUGCAAGGAAUGUUGAGUGGUGUAAGUUCAUUGUCUCUCUCUCUCUCCCCCUCUCUCUCUCUUCUUCUCACUUUCACCCCCACACACACACAUACCUAUAUACACACACACUCUGCACACACACAGUUUUCAAGCACCGAAGAGUGAAACAUUUAGGUCAUACUGCAUGAAACACCUCUGCCACCCUGCUGUGUGUCUGUCUUUUUACAGAAAAUAGAGCCAUCACAUCUUCUGUGUGUGUUUGUGUGUUUGAGUGAGUGUGUGUAUGUCAUCUUGCAUGAAUGUGUUUGGGUGGCCGAGGGGAUGUUUGCUCCUGUAGGAUCGCUAUGUGUCUGUUAUGCUUGUCUUUGUCCUCUCUCACUCUCACUUUUUCGUUUUGGUAUAAAGUUUUGUUCAAGUCCAGCUGCCUUAAGGAUACAACAUCCCAUCAUGCACUGCCAGGUGUUUGUCGAGUACAGAGGGUUGAGUCAGGUGACUUGGAUUGGCUCAUAAUCUGGAGAUUAACUAGUAGCAUUGUUCGAGCAGCAGACAGGGAUUAUUCACAGACGCACACGCACACACACGCAGAGGUCACACUUAAAAAUAAAAGUUCCUGCACUUCAUUCAUGAAGUCACUUUCCCUCGUGUGUAGGACUGCUGUCGGCUCAGGUGGUGUCAUCUGACUGGGAGGAUUCUGAAAUAUUCAUCAUCACACACUCACACACUCACACACAAAUAAAGAUCCGAGCAUAGUGGAGGUGUGUUUUACUCUAUUUUGCUACCGAACAGGGCAAGCCAGAUUUGAUCAUUUCUCCUCUUCUUAGAAUAGACUUAAUAACAUCAGGACAAAUAAAAUGCUAAAGCUACUUAACCUUUACUCUUUGUAAUAGGUUUUCCAUCCUGUGUUGCUUACAGUGGCUGCACGGAGUAAUUCGGCACAGGCCCAAAUCAGAUUACGUAACGCCAUAAAACUGGACUGAAAUGAAGGGACGAAAUAAACGCAUUAGAUCUGCGUUAAGUUUGAAGUGAUACUUCUGUAUGAGUUUUGAGUGAAUAUAGAUUUCUACAGUGCAAGUCAAGUUCAGAUAUUUAUCCGGGGGUCAUGUAUCCAAAAAGGAAAAACUGAAGAAACAGUUACCAUUGUAAUGAUAUUAAAGCAUAUUGGCUUAUGAGAUUAAGGCUUUUCAAAAGUGCAUUUAAGCACAAAACAGUUCAGUCUACUCUAUAAGUGUGUUUCUACAUCUGUGAGUUUAUCCAUCCCAAAAUAGAGGCAGUCUUACACACUGACUGGACGACUCAUGCAGCUAAAAUAAUCAAAAACGUCACUUUAAAAAGUGACGUUAAACUUAAAGGGGAAAUGACGUGUUUUUUCUGUUUUCUGUCAUCUACAUUUAUCAUCGUGUCAGGGCUUCAUAACAGGAUGAUGUUUCAGAAUCUAGAGGAUGAGUUGCACUGAUAUACAAGGCACUAUCAAUUUUUGGGGGGCUUCCAUGGAUAGAGUGGCUGUCCUCCAGGUUUGCCUUGAGAAAUAUACAGAUACGUUUCCUUUUAUGAGUACCUCCCUGUAUCUCUACUCUGCUGGUUACCUGUAAAGUUGAGCUCAGCUCGAGGCGAGGUAAGGGGAUCCACUGCCCAUGAACAAUUUGCCAAAACUUGCGCCGCAAGGACUGUUGUCAUAGUUCAAUCAAAGUAACUCUUCAAGAGGGUCUUUUUUCACUGUAUAUACGUCUGUUUUCUUUAAACAUUGGGGCAGCUGCUUGUGUCAUCAAGCGCCAUCUUCUGGGUAAAAUACAGUCAUGCAAUAGAAUACUUAUCUGCAUUUUAUACUGGUUUAUUUCCCGAUAGGAACUUCCUUUUGAGAAGAUAAAAACUGUGCUUAAGUUUUUCUUAUACAAAUAGUUUAAGGAAGCCAAAACAAGCAGACUGCUCCUAGUGUUUACUCAGAGUUGUUGGCAUGAAAGGUAGGAGUUGAACCCAGUCUACCCUCUGUACAUGGAGAGCGCAAUAAAACCUGCACCUGACAUAUCCCAUCAUGGUUUGCAGGUUGGCUCAAGGGCAUUUGUAUCUGAGGCAGAAAUAAAGUGAAUGACGACAGAAAAUGACAAAAAAAAACUGUGUUGAAAAGUCUUAAACCCUCAUUGUGUCACACAAAAACCAAGUAAUGAGUGCAACACUCAUCAAACAGAAAACUCUGCUUCGUUCUUGUUGCUGCAGAUGUUCUCUUUCCAACCACUCUCAUUUCUGGAUUAGCUCAGCUCAAACAUGCACAGAUGGACUUGAGAGAUUGCCGUUUCCAAUUAGGAAUAGAAUGAAAUAUUGUUCUGCUCAGUUGGUUACAGUUUAGGACGUCUUUGGACUUAAAGUCCAACUCGAGUGGAGUUAUGGAAUAAAAAGAUGGGUAAUUUUGAAAACAGCGGCAAGAUGUGCUCAGAAGAAAAAAGAUCUCUUUGUGAGAUUAUGACUAACUACAGCUUUUAUAUCGUGGAGUGUUUUCUACGAUACUUCCCCUUAGGAGAGAAGAGUGUUGAUUGGAGAAGACUCAAGUACAGGAAAAGAAUCUGAUAUUUGCACUUGGGAGGAUACACAGUCCUUGUCUUUCCAAACAUGAUAAAAACGUAUCUAAAGGGGGGUGGUCGUGGCCGCUUCUACCAUUGGCGUAAUUCUCAAGUUGAGUUGUUUUGGAUGUUAAGAAACAUUGUGAGUAUUGGAGCUAAAAGUGGUGAUAUUUUUAUAAAUUAGGUUGUCUUUUUGUCAGUAUUUAAAAAACAGCAUCUCACAGUGAUGCAUGUCUUUUCUACCAUAUUCACAAUGAAGAAGAAGAGUUGUGUAAGUAGAUACCAUAGACUAUAAUGAUUGGACAAAGCAACUUUGAUCAUCCAUUUGUUUGCGAGGCAAGCCUUUAGCCAGUCAGGCCAACCUUAAUAUCCUUGAAAGGAAGGUGUUAAAAUGUGAUUUAGUUCCUUACAGUUGAUGCCAUGGCAGUCUGAACUGUUUAGACCAAAACCCUUUCUUGAACCAGGCUGUAAAGGUGUGUAUUCUUGCUACAAAACGGGCUUUUUUGGCUUAAUGUGUAUAUUGUUUCCGAUGCGUUUGCCAACAGCCUCAAGUGGACACUUUAGGAACUGCAGUUUUUAGCAUUUCCGCAGAAGCUUUGGUGGUUGUUGCUUAACUGGCACUUGUUUCUUAUGUCUGGUUGGUCUCCACUCCUACAACUCCUUCGCCUUAUACAAAACCAUAGGCUGCUACACCAGAAUCAAGCCACUGUGGGGUCUGGUGUAACGGUACCAAGGCAUAGUAGUGGUGGACCUACUUACGGAGCUGUAGUGGAACAGCAAUCUCUGAAAUACUUAUUUUGUCAUUUGUUAUGCUUAGUUGAGCUUCUCUAAUUUAAUAGUAGUUUCAUAAUUCAAGAUCAUGAUAGUAGGUUUUAUGUGCAGACAAAAAGACACAGAUAAGUGGCACUGAGUUAGUGCCAAGUACAGUCAGCUGUAGUUGACAUUCUGCUGUUUGGUACACACCGUCCUUCACGACUCUCACCAUCUGCCUACUUCUCUAAAAUAAUUUAACAUCAUCUCUCCAUAUCUCACAUGAUCAUAACAAAGAAGGGAUUACACCUGCUGCUUGGUUUUGCUUUAUCUUGUUCAAUUAACAGCAAGAUUCUGAUUUGCCGUCAUUGGAUUAAAACUGGAUUCUGGGAUUGAAAACCAGGCGGUACAACCUCGUCUUGAUCGUCAUCAUUCAUCCUGCUGCCUCCUUCAAAUGACAGCCUCUGCCGUAAAAGCGAGUUUCCUUUUUAAUCUCCAGUAAUAAUCUCUAAUUAUCCUUCUCUCUACCCAGGGGGUUAAUCACUGCCUUACAGACUGGCAUUAUCUCCUGUCAUUGCCAAGAAAGUGCAUCAAAAGUUCACAGGAAACAUGAAAAUCAGCUCAAACACUGAUCUUCUCCGUUUCAAUGAAGCUCCCACCCCUCAGGGUUUCAUGUUUGUGAUGCCCCUUCACUGUAUUAGCAGCAGUAGGCCUCCCAUUCACCGCCAUUGCUUAAGGUCAGAUCAAUCUGAGGUCGUAAUGGCAAGGUAAACAGGAAUAAUCUGGCUUUAUCAGAUUAAUGCAACACCAUGACAUCAGACGUCGUCGCAGCUGUUGACUGAAGUGACGUGAACCUUGACCGUUGUCCGUAGAAAACCCAAGUAUGAAAAGCUGGAGGAGGCAGACAUGUGCCUCCGUCGACUACACUAACAAGCACAUUUUUGAGAAAACAGUUAUUUGUCUGUUUGUUCAGUAAAUAUGAAGCGAAGUGUAGCAGCCGUAACGUAUUGUGAUCGUACGGUAUAAAGACCCAUUUAAAUGGUAUUUCCCAGAAUCCACUGUGAACAAGCAUGUGUAGUUUAAUGAAUAGUUUAAAUGCACAGACAACUUUGGGCACCUUGAGAACAAUCAAAUAAACUGAUACUUGAGGAUCCUGUCUGGUAUGUGGUUUCAUGAGGCGGUUAUCGUUUUUCGAUACUCAUCCAACAUGACGACCAAUAUCAUGGAUUUUUUGAACUGAGAGGGAAACAAAUAAGUGCUUUGUGAUUUUUGCAAAGGUUGGCAUUGAUUUAUCUGUGGAUGUGUACAAAGGAACAUUGUCAUCUGCUGUAAUGCUUCUCUAGAUUUGCUGCACUGAGCUAAUAAUGAUAAGUUAACUCUGCAGGGCAAAGCUGGGUCAUGAAAUGCAGCAUUUUCAGUGUUUUUCUCAUCAAUGGCUUCAGCUUUGGCUUGUCGAAUCACCAGUAUGGCACUUGCCUGCAUCGCCAUAUGUAAUUUCCGCUCCUUUUAAUUUCUACAGGAAAAACUUUUCGGGUAACUUCAGCAUCCUUUUCCUGCCAUUUCUACACUCACCAGCUUGGCAGAUCACACAUCACUGUACUGAUUGUAUUACAGACUAGUAAAAGAAAGUAAAUUAAAGUAACUUUUAUUGGUUGUAAGUGUAUCAUCUGAAUAACUAAUAAUGAUGGAAUAAUCCCAUUGUACUACAAUGAUUUAUUGGACUAAUUUGUGACGUGCAUCUCUUCCAAAACCAGUUUGUUAUGGUGCAAAUCCAAGAACAUGAAUGCCAAUCCUUAAUAAGACUAAUAAUAUUACCACCCUGGUAAUUUAAUGUCUUAGAUUAUCAAAAGAAAUGUGUUACAUCUUGAUCUCUGGGAUGUCCCCGUUCACUUGGCACAAAGCUCCCUGGCCUCUGCUUGGUGGCGUGUGCAGCACACACACCUCGGGGAGUGAACAUCUGUUCCCAGAGGUCCUCAGGGUGAAUGGAAAUAAAUUUGGAGACGAUGUUCAGGGGAGUGGUUGGGCGUGAGAAAGAGGAUGCACCAUGGAAAGCCAUAAAACAGACAGAGGAGGAGGAGUUUAGGUAAUAAAUGGAGGGUGGUUAAGUGCUGGAUGACCUCUCUGUGGUGGAGUGUUGCGUUUGUUUUUUGUGUUGCUGGGUGUAGCUUUGAUUCCACUGAGUUUGAAAACUGCAGUUGGCAUCUUUACAUGUCGAUGAUGACCCUAACCGGCAGCAAUGGAUCGCUAAUUUAAACCUUAGAGGAGCUUCUAUCCAUGCUUUUCAUAUUAAACGAAUUCGAUUAUGCCAAAUUUGACUGAAUGUGCUUUUCAUUAGUGGACAAAGAUAAACUUUAAAGGAGAAUCACCAAAGAUUUGCAGCAGAUACAAUACAGUAUAUGUGUUUUUCGUCAUCUUCAUCUAUGACGAGGUAUUUAUUAUGAAAUGUAUAUAAAUAUGGAGCAGAUUUCCCAAAGUAAACACUCACACUGUGUCCCAUCUCCCUCCGCUGGAAUGUGCUGCCUAUCUCCAGCUGUGUGUUUGAGUACACCAACCAAACAUCCAGACAGGAAAACACACAUUCCUUUAGGUUGGGGAUUGUCCGUCCUUGUGUGUGAGUGCGUGUGCAUUUAGGACGGACCGGAAGCUUCUCAUUAUCCCUCGUUAGCCCGGUGUGGAUGACAGAGGAGGGUUAUGUAAGAGACAGAGGAGAAGGAAGGUGUUGAUUUCACAAACACUACAGGGGGGGUAUUGUAUCGUAUACCUGUGCAGGAGCAGCAGCAGCCGCAGGGAGGGCUCUCAGCAGGUGUGUCAUCUCUUUCUAACAGAAUCAUUUUCACUGCCUGAAGAGAUUUUCCUCUAACUUCUUUUUAGUCAGAAUGAGACAAACUCGCAGCAAACGAUGGAUCUCUGCGACAGCAAAUAGUUGUUUAUACAGCGAUGAGCAACAGUGAGGCAUACGGAGCCAAAUGAGCACCAUUCACAUGCAAUGAAAACGCCUCUCAUGCGCAGCAGACAGUGCUAGAUAACGACUACUUUCACCGAACAAACAACACAGUGACUGUAUAUAAAUGCAGGAGGGGUCAUCAGCAGUGACAGGACCAAACGCUGGACUGUGCUGGAUGACUAAAAUAGCAUUAGCUGCUGCCUACAAGCCCUGUUAUUACCACUGUUAAGGCUUCCAUCCAUGUAAUUAAGCCCAAAGAACACCUAUAAGGACUGACAUGAUGUCAGCACACCUCCAUAUUAUCCACAGCAGGGAGGAUCAGGCUCGGCUCACAUCAGAGGGAGGAUGUGAGAUUGAAUGUGCGAAGUGUAGUCUGAUGUGAUCUGUAUUUAAAUGCAAUAAAAAUAUUGAUAAAUAGUCUGAUAACUGGGUCAAACCUGCAGCAUGUGUCUGCAGAGCGAUUCAAAUAACAGAGAUGUUUUGUCUGAAGGGAUCUGAAACUUAAAUAUAAAGUUACCAGAUACCAGAUUUGCAAAAAUAUAGUUGUAAAGGCCACAGGUACGAAAGACGAUCAGAGCCACAAGAAGAGAAAAAAUAAUAACAGGAAGGAGAUUUUUUUUGAUUGCCGUUUCAAGAUUGAAGUCAAAAUUUCAAGAUGUAAGUCGAAAUUUCAACUUUAUUCAUGCGGACUUUAAUCUCAAAAUUUUAUUUUUUUCAAUCUCAAAAUUUCAACUUUAAUCUUUAAAUUUUAUUUUUUAAUCUCAAAAUUUUGAAAUUAUUCAUGACAGUUUGACAUUUUGUAAUCUCAAAACUUCGACUAUAAUCUUGAAAUUUUGACUAUAAUCUUGAAAUUUCAAUUUUUAAUCUUGAAAUUUCGACUUUAAUCUGGAAAUUUUGACCUGAUUCCCGACAUUUUGACAUUUUGUAAUCUUGGAAUUUCGACUUUAACGCUGAAAUUUCAAUUUUUGAUCUUGAAAUUUCGACUUCAAUCUCCUUCCUGAAAUUAUUGUUUUUCCUCAUGUUGCCUUAAUCCUCUUUCGUAGACAGGAGAUGAAAUGAACACUAACAGAGGAUUCCUUGGAGUUAGCAUAGCCUUAAGUGUCGGCUUCAGAUCAACACAAGAGUUCGUUGUGCUGCUGUUGCGGACUCCCCCAACCUGAGGGAUCUUCAUGGUUUAUCGUGUUUUAAAUGCUGUCAUGGUGAGAGGAACUCCUGGUCUACCAGCUGGGUCUAUUCUGGGCAUACUGCAACACGGCAAUAUGUGAGCACCAAUCAAGUCCGUCUUUUGGUUUCAUAUCUCACAAUAGGCAGAAAUAAAGGUCCUCUAAUGUCGUUUUCAAGCCUUUCCAGAGCUUGUGGAAUACAGUAAAUUACUGGAGCUAUUUUAUAUGCAAAAAUCAGCAACAACAGGAUUUGCAAGACUGAACAAAAGCAGCAUUUUCAAGCCUUGUAUUCACACAAUGAAGCUGAAUGAUGCCUACUUCCAGUAGUGCUGAGUUGAGUGAUAACAAACUGUGGGUGUGUCAUUCUGACUAACUUCUCUCACAUAAAUGUUGUUGUUCCUUUUUCAAUGUUAAAAAAAAGCUAUUUCUGCAGUUUCAAACUAAGUUGUGAAUAUUUGCUCCUCCUCUCGCUGCAGUUUACUUUCUCACACACACAUACUCUCACUUAAGGGCACCAGAUACUGUUCGACCAGACUGCGGGAGAGCACUCUACCUGCAUGGAGUCCCUUCCACCCCUUACCUAAUGUGUGCUCCUGUGUGUGUGUGUGUGUGUGUGUGCAGAUCGAUUACAGCGCCGGUGUGAACAACUGAUAAGAGGAUCAUCUAUCCUGCGCUCGAUCUGUUGUGUAAAAGAAAGAUGGAUGAAGUGCAUUGCCUUUGUUUUGACCCCAAGCUAACCCCCUCACUCUGACACUCACUCACUUACAUGCCCAUUUAUUAUAUAUGAGCAGAUGCUAUUAAUAGGUUUAUCUACAGAGCGCAUUUCUGCUUUUAAAACCUCGCCCUCCUCCUGAAAGCAGAUGACACUGGAGUGUCUGGGCGCGCAGUCAAACCUUGGUGUGUGUGUGUUUGUGUGUGUGUGUGCGUGCUUGUUUGCGUUGUGUGUGAGCUCAGUUCCCUGUAUGUUUGUGGCCUGUGGGAUUUGUGUUUGUGUUUGUCAUGUGGCAAGCCAGCAACAGGGUAAUGGUGCGCCACGUGCUGCGUUUACAUCUGUGUUUGUGUCGGUGAUGUGUGUGUGUGUGUGUGUAUUCAUAAGGGACACACUGCAGCCUUCAUUACUAAAAAUAAUGUUUCCCCUCCAGCUCCCUCUUCCUCUCGUCAAUCUUUAUCUCCAUUUUUUCCAUCGCUCCCGUUAAACCCUAAGAUCUUCUCUUUUCCUCCUCUCCAUCUUGAUUUCUCCCCUGCAUGGUGUUUUUGUUUACGUGUGUCCUUGGGAAAAUGGUUCGCCUCACAGUGCUUCAUGAUAACAGCUGGGCUAAUUAUGGCGGUUUGAUAAUUGUGUUGACAAUCAAGGGACGAGUGUUGUUUUACUGCGAGAGCUGUGGCAUUUGGAAAAUAACAUCUAAAACUCUAUGAGUGUGCUUUUUCAUAUUCUUAUAGCAGAACAGCACAUCUCUCUGAGACCCUUCCCUCAGUAUGAGUGGAUAUUACGUCAUUUAAAACAACUGAUUUGCCUCCAUCCUCCAUAUUUCUGCUUAUUUGAUCUUAACAUUUAGCUACGUUAUUAAAGACUUAAGAAGGUGUGCCCCAAGACUGGACUACAGUUGCUAACUACACCAUAAAAAGGGCAAAACCCCGAAUUUCCACCACAUCCGGAACAGCUAUGAAAAGGCUGUAUCUGCUGAUUGCAGCUGAUCAUAACCAUCCAAGUUAACGUUUCAGUUUCUACCGGCUUCUUUUCAUUUUGCUGCAGAUCGCCGGACUCCAAAGCUGAUCACAAGAGCUCUAUUUUUUCCGGAUGCCAGAGCAUGCCGGAUAAAUUCAGCACAGAUUAGUCCGUGCUGGAAAGGAAGUCGGGCACAGACACAAAUGAAAACAUCCGAACUUUUUCUUGUGAGGUUCUUGUGAGGUUCUUGUGAAUUCUUGCGAUUACCGCUGUCCGUGAUCCGCUAUGAAACUCGCCUCACUUACGGAUUCGGUAGAAAUUGGCAGAUGGCAAAUAUCGCUGCCGUUUCGGAUGCGGUGAAAAUUGGGGAUAACCUCUGCUCUUUCUCAAGACAUAUUGCCCGAAUCACACUAAAGCACAAAAAUGCUCAAAAAGUUCUGCAGCUUCCAUUUGCAUGAAGACGAGCCAUCUGCAUCUCCACUGUGUGCUGCGCAGAGCUGAGCUGUGCACUCUCCUCCUGAUGGAAAAUUGGUCCAUUUAUUGGUGAUGAGUCACAGAGGAGGAUAAGGACCAUAGAAGGAAAAAAAAAGUCUGAGAUUCAAGUCAGAGUUUUGACUUUUUUGUCAGAGUAAUAAAAUGUACAUAUAUAUAUAUACAGUAUAUAGGACAUUUUUUUUUCCCAGUAGCCCUAAUCCUCUUCUGUAAUGCGCUGUCUACAGAGGGGAUACUUUUUAGUCAAUUCAAGACCAAUGUAGGGAUGCAAAUUCAAAAUAAUCUCCAUAUCAGACGGACACCGAUUUUGACUAGAAACGAUGAAACUAGAGGAACAAGAACUUCACAGAUAUAGUCGCAGUUCUGUUUCCUGUUUUGGUGCAUUUGAGGAGUCGUGAACAGAAAGAUAAUGAGCAAAGUGGUGAGCUAAAAAGGUGCAGUUAAAAUGCAGUUUUCAUAGAUAAAGUCAUCAGUCAGUUUGUUGUAUCAACUUACAGAACUUGUGUGCUCUGAUAAAGAUUAGCUGACCCUGUAUAUCGAUGCUGUUUCUGUUCUGUUCUUCAGGGAUCAUGCCAGCCUGAAAUCAAACAACAAAUCCUGUAAGAAGCACAGACACACGGCUGAUUCUGGUGUCUAAUCUUUGACCUCUCUCCUCUUUAAAUCACUCCUAUUAAAGCUCAUCAAAGUGUUCUCCCUGGUGUCUUCCUCCACCGCCUUAUCACCCAGAAGCAUUUUUCCAUUCACGGCUAACGGUGAUUUCCUAUUUAUAUAAACAUUGUAGCCUUUUGUGUUUCCCCCCCUGACACACACAGGGUUAUUUCAGCUCACCCUCUGGGUCUGUCAUGCUGAAGCUUCUUUUUUAGUUUCUCUCUGGUGCAAAACAAAGGGUCUUUCAGUGGAGAGCGCCCACUGCGCUGGGCAGCAGCACUGAUGCUCUGUUUGUGCGUGUUCUCAUAGCUGCACAAACACAUGCUUGUGACUGUACUUGGUGGGGCUCAGCUGGAACGGGGGCUUACAGGCUGACGGCAGCGCUAAUAGUUACUGAUAUUUCAGGGAGAAACUUGAUUUUAGCUUGUGCCUGUCAAAGAGAAUAACUCUGAUAUUGAAUUGAGAUAUUGAAGAGACAGGGGGGAAACUAUUUUAUGCAUGGACUGGCUGCAAGGGAUGAUUAAAAAAAAAAGUUAAAUUCGUUUAAGCAUGUCUGGUUGUCCAAAAUAUCAAAUACAGAGAUUCUCCACCCUGCAGGCUAAAGGGAGGUGACACCCUUUGGUGCUCUAGACCUUUGAAGCCUUUGUAGUGGUGAACAUCAUGUACGUCAGACAUAGUGGUGCUUUGAUUGUAAUGCACACCAGCAGCAUGAAGGGGAACUCCCUAUGAGUGUGUGUGUGUGAUCCCAGUAUGAUCUCAGUGAUAGUAUAAGUGGACCUGAGGCACUGCUCACCUCUGAUCCUAAAAUCCGACAUGACUACAGGAGGAAAAACUCAGCACCUGUAUGAGGUCAGAUUUCACCUCCCAGCGUUUUCGCCUAAGUAGUAGUUCUUCAUCCCAGACACGUUAACGAGCACGUUUCUGAUUUUUUUAUCAGUAAAACUGCAAUUUCCACUUCUGCGGCGUCCAUGUAGGCAGCUGGCAGGCUGGAAAUGUGGGAGAAAUCCGUCGAUGAGAGACAGAACGGGACACUUGACAAUCAAACGAUUACAUAAUUCUUCAAAGAAAAUCAGAGAUUUGAAGCCAGUUUGUUAUUAGAUAAUAUUAAAGCUGCAGAGGAGGUUUGGUGUGGAGGUGAGCUGGUGCGUCAAACACCUUUUUUAAAGGGAAUUUUCAGAUUGUUUUUCCCACCUGGGAUCUUUUUUUGGUGCAUUUAUUUUAGGUCUCUUUGACGGAAAGUUUUGGCUGCAGAUUUGGCAAGAACAUGACAAAAUCAGCUACAAUUUUUAGUUUCCACAUCAACAUUUUUAUUAGGUAAGUGUCUGACAACAUCACAGAAGAAUCCUCACCAAGACAGACUGAUUUCGUAACACACAACAGCCGUUAUGUCACUCCAUUCGAAGCCACCAAAUGCAGAUAUACUUGAUGCAUUAGCAUUGUGAACUACUUUUAAGGAACAUGAAGGCUGCUGGUCUAUGAUUGCCUUGGGUGACCAUACGUCCUCUUUUACACGGACAUGCCCUGUUUUGGGGGUCUGUCCGGCUUUGUCUGGGGAAGUUUAUAAAAUCCUUCAAAUGUCCACAGUUUGUACAGAAGUUUCAAGUUUGUGUUGCGUGGACCCACUGAGUUAGAGGCAGGUAAAAGACACUCAAUCCGACCUGAAAAACUCUCAAAAUUAACUUUGUGCGACUCCGUGAUUCCGCCCCCCUCAUAGUCGUGUCCUCUUUUUGGGAAGUCAGAAUAUGGUCACCCUAGUUUUUAUAUUCUCCAACUAUCAUCUUUAAAUUGUUGAUUCGGACCCAACACAAUCUGUGUAACACUGUAUCUAGAAAAGCCUAAUCCUUCAAUAUAAUCCUGUUUUAUAGUACAGAAUUAAAUAUUCCGUUUUUUGCCUGUAACUCUCCAGCGUUCAGUCCAGAUACUGUUUCAUCUUUAACAGAAUAUGAUUAGAGUGAUUCAUUUCAGUCACACUCUCAGUUUAAUAGGCCGUAUUUAUUUUUGCUUUGGAAGAACAAGUUUGACAGCAUUCGGUUUUAAUAACCUCUAAGUUUUUGUAAUUGUUUGCGUUCAUGCCGGAUUAAAUGUGGUAUUCAGGUCAUACUAAACGCAGCUGUUACUUAACUUCAUGUAUCACUUUGAGUCAUAACACUGAGGACAUAUUAAGUUAUAUCAAAGCAAAAAUAUCUGGAUGGUUAUUUACUUUGUCCUUUGAAUAUUGUAGUCCGUCAAGUUUGUGCUGCAGUCACAGGGCAGUAUAACCAGAUCAGCGUGUAAAUAAGACCGUCUCAGUAAUUGAGUGGUUCGAUAACCAGAACCGUAGAUGAAAACCCGCUGACUGAUUUAGUGCCAUAAGCAUUUUAGAUUACUCACAAUUCUGGGGUUGCUUAAGAAGAAGAAGAAAGUCCAACCGCAGUAGAAGUAUGUCACUGUAAUUACUGUGUGGGUUCACCUGUACAGAGCGUGUUUGUUCUGUCUGGGUGUGUCUGUGUGUUGUUAGACAGGACCUGUAACAAGACUUUAAUGACUGCCAAAUUUUUAUCUCGGCCCGCUUUCAUCUUGUAAAAUAAAUUAAACUGUGGCAUGAGCUGAAAAUAAAACACAUCUGAUCAGACACAAACCCUACAGGGUGUAAUGACUCAAUGACGAUUAAGGAUUGAACCGCAAAUAAAACACGGAUCAAUAGAUUUCUUUGACAUGUGAGCUCAUUUCCCCGUCGGGCCCUGUUCUGUCCCGGCUCCAUCAUGUCCUCCCUCUCAAAGGAAAAUGAUGAUUCUUUCUAUUUUAAAAGUGGUUGUGAUUCUCAUAUGAGCGGAUCUAUUUUUGGGCGAUAGUUUGAAAAGAGGGAGACAAAAGUGUCGGUGAGUGUUCAGCCUUCUGCUCUUGCUUUCAGUGUCAGUUUUAAAACUUUUUUAAGGACUGAGAAAAGUUUCAAAGAGAGGGGAAAAAGCACCGGCUGUGGAUUUAGGACAUUUAAACAAGUCGGCUCAAUUAGGAGUGAGAGAGCAGCGGAUUUUGGAAAUGAACCCUGUUACUAAUUGGUCGACCUAAUCAAUCAGACUACAUGCACUCUAUGACCCGCUCGGUUCAGUGCUCUUAAUCCACGAAACUGUACUUAUUAAAUCUUAUUAAAUUAGCUGCUGAUACUCCACCUCUUGCAGAGUUAGGCCACCAUCCUCUCUGUCUCACUCUGUCCGUCUCUGUCUCUGUCUUACAGCAGCAGCACUGUACAUGCCUGCAGUCGCUCGGGUGAUUUCAUGGCUCUUAACCAAACACAAAGACUCCUUUAUGGCUCCCGUCGCCCAAAUAAAACUCUCUCUCUCUCUCUCUCUCUCUUUCUCUCUUUCUCUCUCUCUCUCUUUCUCUCUUUCUUUCUCUCUCUCCUGUCUUGCUCUCAUCCGUCCCUGUCUCCUUCCUCUGCCUCCUCCUCACAUUCACACUUUUCACCCACUCCUCCAAGGUUACAUUUCCUGUGUGAUUUCUUCAUUGUGAUAUUGGAGUUGGAAAAGAUGAGUGGAGGAAAGUGGAGGAAGAAUGAACAGGGUUGUGUUAUUAAAAAGUGACACGUUAGGUUCCUGGGUUACUCAAAAAAAGUGAUUUAUUGGAAAAGUCCGACUAAAACUGGACUUUCAGAAUCAGUCAGACUGAAAUCAGACUUCUCACAGUUGGACUAACAUACCUGAAGUAGGGCUGGGUGAUAUGGCCUCAAAUCAAUAUCAGGAUAUAUUGAGCAGUUCACCUCGAAAACGAUAAAUGGAUGAUAACUAAAACUGUCAAAAGUCAGAAGGAUGAGAUUUGUGGUCUAAUUAAGCACAAAGAGGACAAAAUAAGAAUGAUUGUUUUGCCCACAGGUGGCGCCAAAAUUGCCACAAACUAAAAGUUCCCCACAGGAGCUUUAAAAAUGCUGCUGCCUGGUAUAAUAAAUGGCCUUUUUCUUUAAUUAUACUCUAAAAGUGAGCUUUGUCAUGACCCCUCUGUUUUACAGAUACAUAGGCUGAGAGAACUAGGGCUGGGUGAUAUGGCCUCAAAUCAAUAUCAUGAUAUAUUGAGCAGUUCACCUCCAUAACAAUAAAUGGAUGAUAACUACUUCACAAGCUGCUCACUCCCUCCCACAUUAAUUUCCUCUAUUUCAGCCGCUACAACUUUUGAACUGUCCUCCAUCUCCCUCCCAUGUCUUUCCCUCUUUGUUACGGACUGGAUGGGGUGGAGUCACCACUCUGAUGUAGGACAGUGUCUUAAAGGGACAUGAGACCAUAGCCUACCUACACACAUCCAAAACCAACUUUUAUUAACUUAUUUUUUUGAUACCGAAUAUAUUGACCUGGGCAAAAUGACGUCAGUUACUGUCGUAAAUUUCAGUAUCUGUAAAUUUUCUGUUUAUCGCCCAGCCCUACAUUGGCGAUCAUUUUUCUUUCGCUCAGCCUACUCGGCCUAGUUUUUCCUUUUGGAUCUGUUUUUUUGCACGACUUCGUCCCAACUAUAUGGUUCAACUAUGUGACUCGUUUCAGCCAAAAAGUGAUCAGAGUUCUCCAGUGGACACUGAGAGGGACUGAAGGAGGAAGAUGAGGAAGUCGAAAGUGUGCGUGUGUUCGGGAGCGACUGUAAGACCACUAAUUAGGGCUUGUCGCCUGCCUUCCUCCCCCUUUUGCUCGCCUUUUGAACUCUCCUCUUGACUACCCACAAUGCAUUUGGGAGGCAUCCAUGAGGGGGCAGAGGAGUGAUGGAAUGGGGGUUGUCAGGAAUGUGGGUCAAAAUCUGUGUGUCAGAGAUUUUCUGCAGAUGCUGAUGAUUAAAAAAAAAGAAAAGAGAGAGAGAGGAGAGAGAGUGUGUGUCGAGGGGGGUCUCAGUUCUUCCUCUAUGUCUGUGUGUUUUUGGCAGACUGCUGGUGCUGCACUUCUUCUUUGAGUCCCCCCCCCCCCCCACAUCAGUCAUAUAUGCCAGAUGCUGUUCCCUCAAUCACAACACACACACUCGUAUACACACUCUCAUGCACGCACACGAGUCACAUGAGUCCUUUGUUUUGGUUUGGUGCAAAGAUAAAACCCGGCUCUGUUACACUCCUCUACAAAGGAGACAAAGAGCGUUUAUCUCACACGUAGUGAGUGUGUGUGUGUGAGGCUGGGGGAUGUGUGUGUGUGCGUGUUUAUUUGUACGAGGGUUUCUCCAAUGCAGUCAUUUUAUUUUUGCGUCUUUUACGAGCCGGAUUUUCAGCCUCAUUAGCUGAGCUCUUUUUUCCUCCCUUUUCCCCUCAUUACUUUACUGUACAAGUCUUUUUGUACGUGUUUGUCGGCGUGUAUGUGUGUGUAAAUGAGUGUGUGGCGUCAUCAGAUCUGCAUGUGGAUAUGGCCACCGGGGCCAGCAUGACACACUUCCUCUUCAAAAGUGGGCUAAUCACACGCGAGUUAAUGGACAGAGCAACAAAGACUUUUUAGAAUAGCAGGAAAAUGAUUUUUUCUAAUAGAAAUUGACGAUUCAAGGGAAUAGAUUUGACAGAAAUUUAUUCUAGAUGUGAACUUUGUCGUUAUUUUUAUCCAGGAGCAUGUCAGAGGUUUUGGUUAAAGUGAAGUCAAAAAAGCAGAGCAAGAGGAGCUUUUCUUCAUAUUCGAUGCGUUUUUCUUUCUCUAGACUGUUACACAUGGACCCAGAGUUGGUUUCUGAGGGCGAGAUCUGAAGCCAAAAAAUGCUGGGUGUCAUAUUGAAACUGCUGAUGUUUUUUUUUUUUUUUUAAAAUGAUAUCGUAAUUCACUUUCUUUUCACAUGAUACAGACAGUUUUUUCCUUUCUUUUCUUUUUUUCCUAUUCGUUUCCAACACCUCCCCCCAAAAAAAAAUAAACAAAAAAAACAACAACAAAAGAAACAACAACAAAAAAUAAAAAUAAAAAAUUUAAAAAACAAACACAAACACUACGAUAGAGCAUUAGGGCCACAUUAAGAAAAAAAAGAAAUUGAGACCUCGGAUUAACUUAGAAGAAUAAAGUCACUUUUUUUCACAAAGUUCACUUUUAGAGUUUAUACACUGUGUAUAAUUAAAGGAAUAGGUCAUUCAUGGUUAAACAUGUAAAACAGCAUUUUGAAGCUCCUGUGAGCUACUUUUAGUUUGUGUCAAUCUUGGUGCCACCUGUGGGCAAAACAAUCAUUUUUAUCUUGUCCUCUUUGUGUUUAAUUAGACAAAAAAUCUCAUCCUGCUGAUUUUUGAUGGUCUAAUGUAUCAUUUAUUGUGAAUAAUUAAAGAGGAAAAUACAAAAACAGGGAUUUUUAUUAGCUGUUUGGCUAGCACCAAACCCUUAACACUAAAUUCUGGCAUUAAAAGCCACUAGAAAAAAAAUCUAAAAUCUUCUUGUUUGCUUUGGACCAUCAUUAAAAGCAAUAAGUGUGAAUUUCAGUCCAUUUCGUACAUGUUAAAAAAUUCCUCAGAGGAGCUUUAAUAUAGGCUCUAAAAGGCCUUAUAGGAGUUAAAAGUGUCAUAAAUGACGACUUUGAUAAAAUUUGUAAGAUUACAAACAAAAUUUUUAAUCUCUGAAACAUUGUGCAUCAUUUAGAGGAGUCAAAAGUAAUCCAAUUGCACUUAUAGUACCAUUCAGAUUGUGAUAGGGACUAAGAGGUGGAAGAAAAGAGACACACGAAAGUUCAAAGCUGAUGUUAUAAAAAGCCCAAAUUUAAAUAAAAGGACGUAUCUACCUCCUUUAUGAAAAUGAGUUUCAGUAAAGCCAACCGCAGCAGCUAAGAGGAAAUCCAGGUCAUGUCCCUGCACAUGCACACAGUCGCAUAGAAAGGGUCAUGCUUGUGCGUUGGUGUGAGAUUCCCGUCACACGCCCAGACACUGAUGGAUGAAGUGAUUCUCGCCAUGCAGCAUCCCAAAUGACAAAUCGCUGAAGGGGGGUGUGUGAGAGUGUAUGUAUUGGGUGGGGGGGGGUGGAUGUGCAGAUGGUGUCUCAUGAGUACAAGGCGAGCUUACGACCUUGAAAGAGACCAAAAAAAAAGGAAGAGAAGUAAAGAGAGAAAGAGAGAAUGUGAUGGCACAGGUCAGUUUGUUUUGUGCCGAGGGUCGAGCGGGAUGGGCGGCGCUGCUUCCUUACAGCAUUUCCUUCACUUACCCAAAGUGCAUGUUCCUCACACACACACACACACUUAAACACACACACUCACAUGGGGCGGUAACACAGCAACACAAUGAGUAGAGAUUGCCUUAAGGCACAUUGAGCAAGGUGUUUCCUGCGACCUGGAUGACUGCUGCGUCAACACAAACACACACGUCUGGAGCAACACUCCCAUGUAUUUGCAGAUGUGUGUCAGUGUGUGUAUGUGUGUGUGUGUGUUUUUCUGCAUGUUUGUUUGCUAACUGAUUUGACUCUCGGCCCCUUCAAUUAGGGUUUAUUAAUCUCUGUGUAUAAACGUGUGUGCGAGUGAAAGCAGCUGUACUCAGGUCUCGUGAUACUCAUCCUUUAUUCAUGCUCCGUUCAUGCUUUAUUCAUGCACUGUUCAAGCAUUUGCCGAGCGGAUGAAUAUUGGAUUAAAAGCGGUUUUAUGUUAUUUAUGAGCCGAGGUAUUUUGGACUAUACUAAGGCCUCGGAAAUCUCAAACACACAGAUGCGCGCAGGAACAAAACAACAACAACAAAUGCUUAAUGUGGCCCACGUUUGUCUGCUCCUGUCUCAGUCUGUUAUCGCUGAUUUGAUGUUGACUUGUUCCUAUCUCGUCCUCAGGCCCUGCACUGCCCUGCGAUGGAAAAGAUGAAGAGGAUUAAGAAGCGUCUGUCAUUAACGCUCCGGUCCAGUCAGACGAUCGAUGAGUCCUUGUCAGAACUGGCCGAGCAGAUGACCAUGGAAGACGGCGGCACCAAAGACAAUGGUAAAUAAAAGUGAAGGAAAUCAGUGCUAGUUUCUGCGUAAAAUUACAAAAGCAAUCACAGAUCAAUCAUCUUGAUUUUGUGAAAGAAGUUGUAGAAAACGGAUCUUUUCUCAUUAGAUUGGGACACCCCAAAACUGCAAGGAAAACUACCCCAAAAUGCCACACUUGCACAUUUAAUGUGUUCAAACCAAGCAGGAGUUUGAAGUUUGAAAAGUGAAGUCAACCUGAAAAAAACAGUUCCUCAAAUUUGUAUCAGAGGGUGGCUUCAGAGGCGAAAGAAACCUUCAUCUCACAUUACAAUCAAGCGGCAACACCCCUGGUUCUGAGAAAUGAAGCUGAUGUGGAAGUGCUAAAAACUGCAGUUCCCCAAAUGCCCACUAGAGGCUGGAAACCAUGUAGACACUGAGCCAAGAAAGUUGAUUUCUGGAGCUAGAAUAAUGCCUAGGGCUGGGCGAUAAACCAAAAAUUUACAGCUACUGAAAUCUACAACAAUAACCACCAUCAUUUUGCCGAUAUCGGUGUAAAAAAAAAAAAUAAUUAAAGGGAAAGACAGGUGAGGAAAUGGAUGAUGUUUCAAAAGUUGUAGCGGCUGGAAUGUUGAAGUAAUAUGGAAGAAGUUAAUGUGGGAGGGGGUGAGCAGCUGGUGGAGUAUCGUAUUUUUCACACUAUAAGGCGCACCUGAUUAUAAAACACACCAUCAAUCAACGUGUCUGUUUCUAUUUUCAUACAUAAGGCGCACUGGAUUAUAAAGUGCAUUAUUAAUUUAAUUCAUUCAAUAACUCUUGAAAAGGAUUUUAAGUGUGCCUUAUAGUGCGAAAAAUACGGUAGUUAUCGCCCAUCGAGGUGAACUGCUUAAUAUAUUUUGAUAUUGAUUUGAGGUCAUAUCGCCCAGCCCAACCACAAGUGUUCACAGUGUCACAGUUUAGUCCUCUGUUCAUCCAUUUUUUUAUCGGCUGAAUAUGUUGUCCUCAAAUUUGUUUAAGCCUCUAUAACAAUCAACAGAAACCUCCUGGUACUGUUUGUUAGAUACUGUUAGUUGUUGGUUUUUAACUCUGAGCGUAAUCUGGAUUGUUUUUAAAUCGACCAGGUUCUUAAAUUGCACAGAUUUCAGUUCAAUGAAGAGUUGGUUUGUCGGUUUUCUUUAAAUAGGGAAACUGUUCAAUAUAUCGUGAUAUUGAUUUGAGGCCAUAUCGCCCAGCCCUAAUAAUGCCACUUCAGGAGCACCUUUUAUGAUUUAUUUUGAAGGAUCCUGCCACCAAAAUUAGUCUGUUUUACUUGUAACUACUGUAAACAAUCAUCUGAUUCUAGCAGGGGAACGUUUUUGUUAGUCCAGGGAUGUAAAACCUGAAAUGAUCCGCCCCCUUGAAACCCUCGAGGUAAAAUCUGAAGCACCCGUCAAACAAAAGCUGCAAUUCACGCUUCAAAAAUCAUUGAAACGUUUGUAGAGAAUCAGUGCCACAGUCUGUGUAAGGAAGGAAAUUUCACAGGUCUGAUUUAUACAGUAUUUUCCUGUGCGCGUCCAUCAGCAGAAAUGUAAAACCUCACAUAAACACUCAGAGCUUUCAGUGUAUAAAUUAUGAAACAGUUGAUGGAGAGUGCAGCGUGUGUCAGUAACAGCCACAAUGGACUUACAGUGCAUGGGUCUCUAUCAAGUUAUGUAACAAGAGUAAGAGUAAGAGAGCUACCUGAACAUGACACACACACACAAACACACACUCACUGACUCACACACUCAUUCACAUGCGCCCAAAUAGCAGCUUAGCAAGUGAGAAGGCAGUACACUGGGAACAAGCAUUAACAGGCAGGCAAACAGACUUUCCUUGACAUCUCUUUGUUAUGUAACAUUCGGCCUGUUUUGGCUCCAAUAAUCGCCUGGUGUGAACGCCACAUGGAAGUGACAGGCUGCCAUCAGUGAGCGGCAGCUGCCACAGUUCUGGACACGCACAUCCGUGUUUUUUCAAAAAGUUACACUCUCAUUUAUGGAGAAAGAUUGACGCGGAAUAAACACAACAGAACAAUGACAUUAAGAUCCCGGAUUAACAAAAACGAGAAAGUGUGAGCUCUUAUUUUGAAAGGGCUCUUAAAUCAGUUAAUAAACAAGUGCAUUAAAAGUGGAAAAACUUGUUGUGAUUCUUAUCCUACAUCUAUUCCCAUCAAACCUCCAUUAAUAUUUAUAAUAUUAACACAAGUCACUCAGCAAUUUAAAGGAAAAGUUCUGCAUUUUUUGGGAAAAUUGCGCAAGAUUUUGACUAGAAAAUUGGUGUAACUGCAUUUUUUGUCAUGUCUACUUUAAGAGCUGUUUCAGGGUGGGUUUUGUGACCUUUAGAUGGACCCAGGUUUUUUUUUCCCUGCAAAACUGCGUUAACCACUUGCUAAGCUUUAUGUUAACCACGCAGAUAUAAAAGGGGGUCUUUAAUUCUCAUCAGACUCCAGGCACUGAAAAAAGAAAAUGUCCCACAUAACGUCAGACAAUUUAUGAGAGUAAAGAAGCAUGUGAAAAUGUUAACAUCAUCAGUAAAAGAGUGUUUUUCCUCAAUGAACCAAAAGAUCUUAAAAACAAACAUGAGAAAAAAAAAUCGACAACUCCGUCAUCAGUUUCUGGAAAGGUUUCCGUAAAGCCGUGAAAACCUCAACAAGUCCUGACAAUUUAAACCCCCCCUGUUAAUACCACUCAUGCUCAGCUUGUAAUUCAUAUAUGUCUGACAAGCACCUAAAGGCAGCAUAAUGUUAAUUUUGGAGGGAGGCAUGUGGAAACACAGCACCGUCUGUGGGCUCAGGAUUUAAAAGGUUGGCUGAACUAAAGACAGUUGACAGGAGCAGAAAAAUAAACCCACCAAAUGUGACAGACUCCCGGUCGGCCCGACGCAGAUCAGAGUGAAGCUUUAUGACCUUUUUGUUCGGGUUCAGCUGAACUCUGGCACUCACUCUGCCCACAGGGAGAUCACCGGGCUGUAAUAUUUGCUUACAGGGUUUCCUUGCCAACUAGGGUUGGAAAUUCGAUUUCUUAUUAAAGCUUGUGUGCAGCAUAUUGAUUGAGUAACAUUACUUCCCUUUGGCUAUCAUCUUUCCAGUAAUAAAACUGUUGACUUUCCUUUCUCCAGCUGUUGGGCCACAUUAAUCAAGAUCUGAGUGUCAAAGUCUGUCUGCUGGUUUGCAUUUUGAUAUCCAGUAUUAAAAUAAGUCCAGUUGGGGUCAUUUUUCUAUCCUAUCAAGACAUAGAUGAGAAAAUUGAAAUGAUUCUCAUGUUUGUUCGGUAAAUAUGAAUUUACAGCCAAGAGCCGGGGAGCUGAGCUCAUUAAAACAAGCCACACAGGGAAGCAGCGAGUCCGUUCAGUCGAAUGGUGAUAAAAAUCACACGAGGGUGUGGAAACGUGGGUUGGGACAGAGUGAAAAUUUUUCUAGGAACUCGACUGUUGAUGAUUUUUGCACCUUUAUAAAAGCCAAAAAGAUCAUUGAAGAACUAGUGCUGUCGAGGAAAAUCAUCCAGUUGAUAUCAAAUUAGUAACUAAUCAAUUGAAUAUAUCAGUAAUAUUAGUAUAAAUGCAUUACAGGUUUAUUUUUAGAUAGUUACUUCUAAGUUCCACAUCUUUUCAUACAAUUUUUGUAACUUUUUAAAGUCAUUAUGCUCUCCUACUGCACACUUGGACUAAUCAAGGACAUGACGACUGUCAAGUCGACUGUCUUCAUUAAUAGAAUAUUUUACACUCACUUUUUUAGCUGCAUGUGGAGGAGAAAAGUUGUUAAAUCACAGCAGUUGACAAGAGCGUGAUUCUGUAUGACUCUGGAACUUUUAACAAGCUACGAGUAGUGCGAUAUUAAAAAGAAAAAAAGUGAAGGAGUCGGCUUUAACACACCUAAUCUGGGAGUUUAGGACAGAGGCUAGAUCAGCGAACCAGGAGAGAGUAGGGAGUAAGAUUUGGCUGCAUUCAAUCCCUGGACUUCAGCCUCCAUACAGAGCUCACUCAGGGUAUCUGCAGGAUUUUAAAGAGUCUUAAAACAUCUAAAAUCCAAUUGAAGGCCUUAAAGUUCUGCUAAAAUCUCCUAAAAUGUCUUAAAUUUGAUUUUGAAAGGUUGUAAAAAUGUGUUUACUCAUCUUAAGAAAAGAACAUACCAUAGGAACAAAGGGUGAUUUGAAGUGAUGUAAAAUGUUCAGAUUUCCCUUCAUGUCUUUUGUGCUUUUUUGCCUGUAUGGAUGUUAAAUGAGUCGAAAAUUAUAUUCAUUACAAUCUUAAAAGUCUUAAAUUUGACUUGUUAAAACCUGCAGAGACCCUGCUCACUGCUUUACCACUUGGUCAAACCAGCGCCCCACACUUACUUUUUGUUAUAUUUGCACAGCUGCUACGGACAGCUGUAUAUGGAGAGUGACACGUGGCAUCAGAGCGUGAUAAAUUAGCAUUCGUUAAUUCAACCCGUUGCCUUUCUGUGAAUAAUUGAUUCAAAAAUAAUGUUUGUCUGACAAUAGAGGAGAUAAGUGACUUUGGAAGAGAAACACACGCUGCUUUUAUUCAGUCUUUGCUGAGAAAGGCAGUGAAUUAAGCGGGUUAACACAGCAGUCGUGUGUAUAAGCCUAUAAGUGAAAAAAAUCAAUUCCCAACAUUUCCUAUAGCAUGCCCUUUUUUUUUUUUGCAUUUCUGCUUGUAUUGAGUUGUGUUAAACUUAGGUGACCAAACCUCCUGUUUUCCCAGGUCAUGUCCUGAAUUUCAUGUCCUGUCCUGGUUGUUUUUAUGAAGUGAUGAAAAUGUCCUGGUUUUCACUGUUUUUCAUUGGGCCACUAGAAUGAGGAAGAAAAGUAAAGAUCUAGAUAUUUUUUGAAAGUCUAGGAAGCCAAUCUGAAUUUGAGUUUCUGGUUAUAGACAGUAUUUAGUAAUUUAACAAUUGUUUAUUCAUACAGAAGAGGCAGACUUUAACUGUAUUGAAAUUAUUGUUUAUUAGGAUCCUCGUUAGCUUUUGUCAAGACAAAGCUAGUCUUCCUGGGGUCCAACACAGAAAAUAACAUCAUUACAUAAACAUUCAUUCCAUGAUUAUACAAUCACUCAUUUACAAAAUAAUUAAAUUGAAAUAGAAGAAAAAGGUGUUACAAAGAAAUAAGAGAAUGAAUCAAUUUGAAAUAAGACAGGAUCAUAUACAAUACAUGAGUUUAGUGCCUCUGUGGAUUAAUACAGGCUUAUAUCAUCAAGUGUUGUUUUAAGUUUUUCUUGAAAAUAAGUUUUUGUGCCUCUAUUUUCUUACAAUUAGGCAUUGACAUCUUUAAGUAAACUUGGAGUAUCAUUUGAGUAUCUCAUUGUCGGGUCACGUGACCUGGUUUAGUCGGUGAAAAAAAUAAACAACAACUAAACAAACUUGUGUUGGAGAUAAAUGGCGUCAUUGUAAAAAGGCAAGUCAGACAGGGCAGAAAAAAAGCACAACAAACACGAGCAAAAGUCACAUUUGCAUGGGAGGACAUGAGUAUUACACCACUGUUGAGUCACUAUGUAUUCACAAAAGCGCAGUGACAGCAGAGCUUUGUUAUGAUUCUGUAAAAAGGACGUUUUAAAACUCGGUGCAUUUAAAAACAUCCGAUAAGUUUGAGAAAGAUAGAUUAUGUGUUAUUUUUAAUAUUCUGUUGCCUGUUAUUUAGUUUUAGAGAGCCUCAGUUCAUUUCCAGAGCAGGUGAAAUUAUGACAGGUGUUUUGUUUUUUUGUGUUUUAGAGCCCUUCAUGAGGAACGGCCGCCCCCCCACCUCCCACAGCAUGCACUCCUUCCUGCACCAAUACACCGGCUCCUUCAAGAAGCCGCCUCUGCGCCGACCACACAGCGUCAUCGGCGGUACACUUGGGUCCUUCAUGGCAAUGCCACGCAACGGCAGUCGCCUGGGUGAGACAUGCACACAUAUUCUCACACACACACACACACACACUCUCACACACACACACAAACAUGCAGGGAAGAGGAAGCGAGUGGUGGGAGAGCAGAUGGCAUCCAAGAACAAACAGGAAACGUUUCAGGGUCCUGAUAUUUCCAUUAUGCCUCUCACAUUCACAAACACGCUCUCGGCCAGAGAGACCGGGCAUCUUCUUCCUCGCCCUCGGCUGAGUCAUUUUCACUGGAGUGACAGCUGGAUGGGGGUUUCAGUGAAACAUGACGCAGUAUCUGCGUGAACUGAUUCAUCGCCGUCGAUCAGAAGCAACGAGUCUCAGCCUGAGGGUCUAAAUCAAAGACGACGUCGGGAUGAUUCAAAGCAGCAGCAGCAGAUUUCAAACCGGGGAGUCCAGAGGGUGCUGAGAUGAUUCAGAGGACAGUAUGAAGCACAAGAACACUGAUCUGUGGGUAUGAACAUGCUCUAGACUAGAGCCCGGAGCCUCUCUGAGUAUUUAGCCAAACAAGCUUUGCAGGAUCUGGCGGGAUGAGGACAGGAUUACAUUUACAGAAGACAGUAUGUGACAGUGCAGCGACUAACUUUUCAAACACAGCAAGUCUUUCUUUUCUCACUUUGACAAAGAGAUUUUGGAUGUCAAAACUCACUAUCUCUCAUCGUGGGUAUACUCCAAACCCGCAGGUCCUUUAAAACUAUUGUUAUAAUAUGACUUUUUGAUCAGCGUCAGCGGCGUAACAUGUUAAAAAAUCCAAAUUAUGAUGGACAGUGGAGCUCUUAGACAUGUUUUUCUAACUCAUGGUCAUUUUCUAGUGGGCACUAUCUGUGUAACACUCACUUUAUAGAUGAAAUUUAAGUAGAAAAUCGCUGUGAUUACUCCUCCUGGUUUUUGGUGACAAACGCAGCCUGCUAUUAUAAUCGAGAAAGACGAUUUAAAAGUGAUGAAUUGGCUCACAAAUACUUAAAUAAAUGACAUGAUAUCAGCUUAUAAAGGCCUGGAGAUGAGGGUGUUUUAUCCAGUUUGAUGGAGGCAGACUGAACAGACACUUAAAUUCUAACUUAAUUUAAAUAAAAUUAAGUCAAAACUAUUUUAAUUUGUAAUAAAACGGCACAGAUCGCUUAUCAAAAAGGUCAUGAUUUAUGUGUUUUCCUUACACACUAUGAGAUUUGUUCUUUUUUUUUAGCCAUUAAAUGAUUUUCUGUUUUUUUCAAAAAACCUCAGAAUUCCCUUUCACUACUUUAUCCAAAAGGGGGCGUGGCCAGAAAGUGACCAAUGUGAGGUUACUUCAGCACAGCUUUAGACUCUUAGCGUUGUUAUCAUCAUAGUUUGUCUUUCAGAGAGAUUUGUCUCUGUACUUUCAUGAAGGAGUUCCUGCAGGGAUUCAACACAGAUUCAGCCUUUCUGAUUGGUCGAUAUCAACUCUUGAACAAACCUUGCCUGUCUUUAUUUUUCUACAUUUCCAGGCUGUAAACAUAUUUAUCCACAAAAGUAAUCUAUUUAAUCAGGGUUUGUAUUUGCCUUGUCAAUAUUUACUCUGCUUCACGAUUGGCGCUCCUGCUACUUUAAUUCAAAUAGAGCCUGCCUGAUAGAAUUUGAAUUUUAGAGGAAAUAACUCAAUAUAGGGCUGGGCGAUAAACCGAAAAUUUACCAAUACUGAAAUUUAUGACAAUAACUCACGUCAUUUUGCCCAUGUCAAUACAUUCGGUGUCAAAUAAAUAGAUGAAUAAAAGUUGGUUUUGGGUGUGUGUAGGUAGGCUAAGGUCUCAUGUCCCUUUAAGACGUGACUCCACCCCAUCCAGUCCGUAACAAAGAGAGAAAGACAGGUGAGGAGAUGGAGGAUGGUUUAAAAGUUGUAGCAGCUAGAGCGGCUGAAGUAGACAAAGUUAAUGUGGGAGGGGGUGAGCAGCUUGUGGAGUAGUUAUCGUCCGUUUAUCGUUAUCGCGGUGAACUGCUAAAUAUAUCAGAUAUUGAUUUGAGGCCAUAUCGCCCAGCCCUAGUUUUAUGUCUAUACAACAAUGCAAUCCCUUUAGAAGCUAGUAACUUGCUGUUUUGUAUAUAAUUCAAACAUUUACACUAAUGACACAUUUCUGAAAACACACAGUAUACGCCAAUAAAAAUGAAUAUCCCUGCCUGAUAAUUCUGCCUGUUUUAAUAUAUAGCUCAGCCGCCUGUUUUUAAAGAUGCUUUAAAGCUAAUGUUGAGCCUCACAUUGGACCCUGGCCUAGAUAGAAGGACUUGGAUCUAAAAACAGGACAUUUAAGUAGGACAUUGAUGUGCCACAUACUGCUGCUACACUCUGUGUGCGUACUAACAAAGCAGCUGACAGUACAGAGACGGAUAAGUACACAGACAGAAAAAACAAAAUGUCCCGACAUGAAAGGAGGUGAGUGAAGACGCGCGGGACAGGAAGACUCAAAAACAGAAGAGACUUGAAGUCAUUUAAGGUUUUAAAGACGGGAAGGUAAAUGAGGUAAACGUUCAAACAGUGUGGGAAGUUUACAAAAGUCCUGAAGGCUGUUUUGAAGAAAAGGGUGGAAUCAAGUUUGGCUGAAUUAUUGAAAGUGAAAAUAUCGUGUGUGAAGGACUUUGGGGAGUUUUUAAAGUGCAUGAGGGAAGAUAUGAAAUAGCAGGAGAUAACGGAGAGGUAUGUGAGGCUGAAAUAAGGAGAAAGUGGGACAGAUGAGAUCAUUUGGAGGCAUGUAAGUUAGGAAAACACAGGUAGAACAAGAAUGUGUUGAAGCAAUAAAGGGAGUCUGCCUGUGAGGAGAAGAAAAAAAAACAAGAUAGGAGAGAAAGAGAAAUAUGUAGAGCGAAAAGGAGAAGUGAGAGAAAGUUGGAGGAGUUUCUGAAGUUGGACAUGAGACACGUGAAUGAAAGAGAGGUUAGAGGGAAGGGAACAGAGAUCAUGUCGAUGUCUUCAAAGAAACGAGAAGAAGGAAGAAAGUGGGCGAAGGAAUGCAGUAUUUGGAGGAUGUAAGUAGGUUAGAGGAGGGAAAGUGUUACAGAGCUGAAAGAGAAAGAAAGAUAGAAGAGGAACUUUCGAAAAGAUGUGGUCCAGGUUUCAUGUGCGCUCUGUAGCUGCAUUCAGUUUUUAGCGGCUGUGCAUCGGCUUCAUUUCUCAGGACCUGAGGUUGCUGCUUGAUGAAAAGAUGUGGAAUUGAUUAAUGUGAUACCAUCAACUAUCUCAGGGUUGGAAACACUCUGUCAACAUUCAGUCACUGCUGCUGUGAUGGGAAAGUCAUCAUCCUCCUCCACUCCAAACAGCCGCAAGAACCACAGCCAAACUUUGAAGCAACUUAAAAAACAAAAAUAGUCAUCCAUUGUUGGUAUCUGUGUUUAAGAUAAGAGGGUAGCUAACUAAUGACAUGAGGUUAUGUAAUUAGAAUAUUAUUAAAGUCAGUGAAGUGACAUUUAGGUGGAGGUCAAUGAAACAUUUUCUAUCAGAAAGACACUGACAAUAGUUUGUUUUCUCUUUUCCUAAAACACAUUUGGGUUCUGAUGUUGUCGUACCAGAAGUCUAGCUUUUUUUUUUUUAUGAAUAAUUUACUGUUAAUAUUUCAAACAAUUGAUUACAGAGACUAAAUACAAUUAGUGUCAAACAUGCUAUAACUGAAAGCAUGUUUGUGAGAGAUUUAUUGGACAAGGAUUUAAACUUUCCAGUUUUAUUAGCGAGCAGGCGAAAAGACUCAUACUGCAGCCAGCCACUAGGGGGAGCGCUAAAAGGUUACAGCCAUAGAAUGUAUAUAGAAUGAAUCUUGAUGAUCACAGCUUACAGGUCAUGAAAAUCAAAAAUCCACAAUCCCAAAAUGUUAGAAUAUUAAGUACACCAACAAUAAAAAAUAGGAUUUAUGAUACAAAAACGUCAACCUUUAAAAAAAUUCUGCCAAUUUAUGCACACAGUAUUUGAUUUGGGUUCCUUUUUCAUAAAUUAAAACAUAAAUGUGACGUGGCAUGGAGGUGAACAGUCUGUGGCACAUAGAAGAAAUGGAUGAAAUGAACUUUUUUGGGACUUUCCGAUUGUUGGAGCCACACCAUAUAGUCGGUGAUUCCCCCUCUUUCCUUUCGCUUUCCUUCCUUUUUUUAAUCUCCUACCAGCUGCUGUCUUGCUCUUUCUUAAAGAAAUUCCCUAAACUCUACUCUGCUGAUCACAACCAAAUCUUCAAGUUGUACUUUCUUCCAUUUUUCUUUUGAGAUCUGCUCAAAUAUAUCUGUUUCCAAAUUCAAACCUUUCUACCCACUGUAAGGUGUUAACAGGUUCACCUCAGAGGAAACUCGUAAAACUGCGAGUGCAUUAAAUCAGGUCUGUGUUUUUCUUUCUUAUCUAUGAAAAAAAGAAAGUUGUUUUUUAACUAGACGACCUCAGUCAGGUUCACUUUCUGGGUUGAUGUUUUUCCUCUGGGUUGUGGCCUCACCACAGAGAAUCAUACUGGGACUUAAUGCUAAAAAAGGUUCAUGGUAAGAGUUAAUAAGUUGUGUGUUAAAAUCAUUCUUGGUGUAUCAUGUAAGAAAAUAAUUAGAGUUAAGAUGUCUGAAAUAAUUUUCUACUCUCUUAGAGAUUUCUGCUCCUCCUCGUUUCUCUGCUCUGUUUUUUCACAUCUGAUGACAGACUGCAUGGUUGGAGGCGCUGACGCACUGAUCACAGAGAUCCUUCCACCAUGGCUACUUAUUAACUGUGUGUGUGUGUGUCUGUUGUGUUUGUGUUUGGGGUGAGGGGGCUACAUGUGGUUUGUGCAUCAGUGCGUUUGCUCCUGCUGUGUUAUGGUAGUUGUGGUAGUUUUACAGCCCUGGAGGAAGUGGUGCAGGUUUGGGUGUUUAAUCUUUGGCCUCGGAGGUUUCAAGGGUGUGAGAGGAGAUGAGAGAGACAGAAACAUGGAGGGUGAGAAAUGAAAAGCCGUGGUUUUGAUCUUCACAGGUGGAGAGCCAAUUUGAAGCUCAAAUUCAUCCUCCUCUUUUCUUUGUGAUUCAUAAAAGUUUGACAAUAGUUUGCUUUACUCGACUGCAAAUAUACUCAGCUUCUAAACCAAUAUUCUUUUUCUUACGCUCUCCAUUUCCCUCCAAGUUGAAUUUCCUUUGAAAAAUACAGCUGCCAAGAAUAUAAUCCUUUUCCUUUCAAUUAUUGUGCUCCUUAGUUUCCACUGAGGGAUUGAAAAUGCAAGUUAAACACAGCCAACCUGGAGCAGUAUAAUAAUAUAAAACCUAGUAGAAAGAGAGAUGUCGUCUACUUGAAUUCAGCUGAUUUGUUUACCCGAUGAGGUCCACCAGCUUUUUGUUUCUCUUUCUCCAUCACAAACCUUAAAGUUGUACAUGCCAGCCUUACACUAUCAAAAAAUACUUUCCUAUCUGCUUGUAAUGAGUCUGAUAUUGACAUGUCAAAUCAGAGAAACCACAGCUGGGCGUAAAAACACCAGCGAUAGCCAGGCUCCAACAGUCAGUUAAUAUCUCUGAAUGAUGGCUGAAUUACUAAACCGGUGUUAGACGACCAUCGUUCUUCGUUCACCUCUGACUCUUCUUCUAUUUUAAAGCUCCUGUGAGGAGGUUUUUCACGUUAAUGAAACAGGCUUAAAUUCAUAUCAGUCCUUUUUUAUGAUGUCCAAAAGCAAACAAGACCAUCAGGGGCACGAUUGGUGAUUUUUAUGCUUUUAUUUUAAUGCCUGAAACUGGUUUUAGGUGUCAGCCGAGCAGUUGGAGACACAGUCCUGUCUAUGUAAAAUAUUUACAAUUAAUGAUAGUUUUUUAAAAUACUUUAUUGAUUCAUUUUCAAAAUAUAAAGGUACAUAGCAACCCGAACAAUUACCCCUUUCUUCCCACCCCCUCCACAAAAGCAGGUUUGAGGAAAAACAAAAAAAUAAAAAAAUGAUUUUAAAAAAUAAGGUGAAAGCUGUGGUCAAUAACAACAGUCUCUAUGGCCAUCCGUGACCAUAAUAAAAUUAUACUUUUUUAAAAGAAAUUGCAAAAAAAUAAAUAUUCAAACACAAUCAGGACAUUAAGGUGUCAUGAAGGUCAAUAAAUGAUCAAUUUGACUGUAAAAAGUCAUCAGGAUGAAAUGUUUAAUCAAAAGUCACUAUUUCAGCAUAGAGAGGAUAAAGUAAGCAAAGACAACUCUGUCAAUAGAGGGCGCCAAAAGUUCCUCACAGGAGCUUUAAAUGAUUCAGAUAAAACACACAAUAGUACUGAAGGAGUACAAUAAAAUAAGGGUACAAAAUGACAGAAAUAAAAAAAAAUAUAUAAAUGUGUUAUAGACGAAUAAAACUAUAGGAGAAAUAUUUACAAGUGAAAAAAGGAGAUAUUUACAAAGUGAACAAGUGAUGCAGUAGGUGCUGAGUGUGAAUGUAUGUAUUUGACUCCAAACCUUUUCUAUCUCACUGCGAAAGGAUCGUUUAACUCUGAUAAGGGACUCGCUUGUGUUUCAGCUUUUUAUGAUUCUCAUUCUCUGCAAACACACCGAGCCUACGAUGAGCCUUGUCGCUCUCUCCUUCUCUCUCUCUCUCCCUCAUGGUUUCUGCUUUCUGUGCAUGCCCGUCUGUCGGGACCUCACCUACUUUGUACGUUAUGAAACACCCACUUUUCAACAUUUAGAUCUAAUAUGCUCCACUCAGAAAUACAUCAACAAUACAAGGAUACUAGACACUCUGGAAACACUGAUUCCAUCUGGACUUCAUUGUUUCCAUCAGAGGAGGCUGAAUAACUGUGCAGACGUUGCAGUGUACGUGAUAUUUUUGAUGCAUUGAGUUAAAAAUAUCGUUUUUGGAGAAUGCACUCAUCUAUAUUUAACUCUUACUGUGAAUUUUAAGGCACAAUUAAUCACAUUGUGUCUCCAUGCGUCUCAUUGACAGGGAUUACUCCCAGCAUUAUUCAGGAAAAGCUCCACCAGAGAUCAAAUCAGUUUGCUUUCACAUGCAUUAUUCAGAAACUCACAGUUAACCAGAGUAAAUAAAUCCCCCAGCUCCUUGUCAUCCUCUGUAUUUGUUUGUCACGGGUCAUGCAAAGUGUUCCCGUCCCGGUGAAUUAAACGCCCUUGUAUUCCCUCUCUGCUCGGACUCGGACCGUGCACACUCUUUGCUCGCGGCCGUGUUUGCACGAGUGGAGCGAUAUUGUGUCUCUCACCAGCGUCUCAGAGGAGUGGACCGACACUGUGACACACUGUGUAUGUUUAUGAGUAAAUGGCAAAGCUGUCCAUUUCACUCUUUUUGUUCACUGAUGUCUGCGCGGUGUCGGAAAACACUCGAAAUCCCCACUGUGCGGGCGCCACACUGCUGCCACCACCGGUUGACGAUUAACCCCCUUAGGGCAGCGAAAUGCACUCGCUCGUCUUGUUUGUAAUUGCUUUACAAAUCAAACACUGACACACUUUUACAGCACGCAUGGAGCGGGGCGAACACAGAGGCAGAUUAUAGUCGUUUAAAAGCAGUAAAAGCAAGUCGUAACUUUAUGAUUUAUUGAUGAUGAUUGUUCAUUUAUCUGUUUUGAUCACUAAAAUGGUUCUGACACAUGAAGAGGGGGCUGUUCCCUGAUUUAUUCUGCAGGAUUUUGCACCCUCUUUGAAAAAUGUCCAACAUAAACAUCGGAUGUUAUCUAUCCUGUGCUGAGUUUUCAUAUUUUUUGUUCUAUCUAUUCCAGAUAUCGUGCACGAGAAUCUGAAGAUGGGCUCAGAUGGCGAGAGCGAUCAAGCAUCAGGGACGUCUUCAGACGAGGUGCAGUCUCCAACCGGUGUGUGUUUGAGGAACCGUGUCCACCGGCGGAUCUCUAUGGAGGUGAGACACAGAGACACUACCCCCUAUCAUCUCCUUCUGCACUGUUCUUCACCUCCUCCUCCACCUCCUCCUCCUCCUCCUCCCCUCAGCCUUUAGGGAGAAGGGGGUGGAUUGUUCGUCUCCUAAUGGGCUCUCGGUGUCUGGGCGUCAUGAUACUAGCGGCAGACGUGCUCCCCGAGGAGCACAGAGGCGGCUGGUGAAGAGGAGAGGAGCGAUAAUCUGUGCAGUAACCACAGCAGUUCUCAACAUGUCAGACAUCUCAAGAGCGUGCUGGGAUAGAAAUCUCUUUUGUGUCUCUCGCUGGGAUGGAUAAAAUGAAGUUCUAAUGAGGAAUAUCAUUUGGUAGUUAAACACCUGCUGUACAUCAGAUUGUGAGUCGUGCCUCCACAACAUUUCAAAUCAAGAGAGACGUUUCUCCUUUCUUUUCCAGCGCCCUUUAAAAGAAAUAACAGGUCUGCAUACAGUCGAACAAAUUCAAUAUUUAAUGCACAAGUGGAAAUAUUACACAGUUGCUGCAGAGGACUCCAUCUCCACCAUGUUUAAGUGUGCAGAGCCUUUUUUUCUCCUGUGUUUCUCAUCGACACCGGAUCAAAGUUUCUAAAUUUGCUUUGGUGUUAGCCCCUCAGGCUCGCCAGACAUAAUCACUGAACAAGCUCAGCAGAUAAAUAUGAGCAGGAGGAAUUGAAAAAGUCUGCAUGAUUAUCCGCUGCUGCUACUUUCAAAGUGUUUCUCAAAAGAUUUCUUCUGCGAGCCCGUCGUUAUUUCCUCAGACUCCGGUUAUGAAGGUGCUAAACUCGCGCUCUUCCUGCGCUCGGCUCUCAUUGUGUGUGCUUGCCCUAGAUAACACGUAGAAGACAUUCAGAUAAGACCCUCUUCAUCUUUUGAAAUAUUUAACCCCAGGGAAGUUGGAGUCUGAGGAGGAGAGGCGUCUCUGCCUGGAGGCGCCCUGCCCCCUGCUGGCAGAGCGGCGCAUGUGGCAAAACCCUUACCUUGACAACAUCCUCUCUGCUCCUUUCCACACAAACACAUGCAGUGACCUAUUUUUUAAUGGUUUGUGUUUAUCAAGGAUGUAGUGAGCGCAUACACAACUGUGUGUACUUGAUGCUGUUUGAGGUUUUCACUGAACCACACCGUGUCCAUGAGGAGGCGAAGGGUACAGUGUGUGCGCUUCGCUUGUUUUCUUAGUCGCUCAGCCUCAUCACUCUGCACGUGCCGCUCCACAUACAUCAAAUGUAUCAGCUAAAUACUAAGUAAGCACCAGUAUCAUCUAAUCCCAUCCAUUUGCAUUAACCUGCCGCUGGAUAGGCCAACAGAAGAAGCAGCCAGGGUUCAGUGUCUCGCCCAAGGACACUCGAAGAUUACAGAUACUUGGAUCGUGCUGCUAUUAACCUUCCUAUUGAGAGACGACCCACUGUCCACCGGGCCACAGCUACCCUCCCACAAUCACAAUCUAUUCAUGAACAACCUUUUAUCGGUGUUGAUUUACAGGCCAUGUGAGAAUCCAGUGUGCAAGUAUAGAAGAAAAUGUCAAGCCGAUGUGUUAGUCAUACUUUCACAUGUGUGCAAAGAUGAGUAUGGAGGGUGAUAAAUUAGAGACACGCGAGCUCUGAAUACCUUUACUGCUAGUUUAUGUCGUGCCUAUAAAUUCCUGAGAAAGCUACAUUUUUUACACCAACUUCACCUGGAUUUCCUGCUACCCCCAUAAUAUCAUUUUAGCUGAUCUUCCUUGUGAGUCAUUACAGGGGAGCAGGGGGGUGUCCCAUGUGGCUGCUGUUCUGCUUAGUUUUUCUAUGUGGUUGAAAUAUGCAAACCAUCUGAAACUGAAAAUCUGAAACUCAGAAACUUAGUCGCCCUUUAAAGAAAACUUUAAAAAAUGCUUAAUGAGAUGGAGGCAGACUCGACUGUCUGCAGAUGUUCUCUCUAAAUGACCAUGGGGCUUCACGAUUACAUGGGUGUGUGAUGUCGGGAUCAUGAUCGACUAACGUUUUGAUUGUGAUCUUUUAUCUGAGGUUUCUCCAUUAUGAACGGCUGUAAAUUUGUCUGUCUGUGUUGCGGUAACUGUGCUGCUGCUAUAAUGAACCCAGAGGAAUGGCCUGUAACCAGAUGGGAAUAAAAUGUUAUUAUGAAUAUUAUUUGCAAAGUUUACUAAAGUGUUGUACAGUGGGUAUACAAACAAAAAUAACAUUAAUGUAAAAUUCAAACAUACAGGAUAUAAGAACACUAAAAUACUAAGUAUAUAGAAAUCAGUGUAACACAUCAAAAUGUGGUGAUUUAGAUUUAAGGGUUAAGUUAGAGAUGUUAUGAUGUAAGAGGGUCAUUGUUCAACAGUUUGGGGCUAUAAAGGCUCUAAAAAAGAGGGCAAAGAGAAGUGGUUAAUCUUCAUCUUCACUUUAUGUUUGACUGAAUGGACUUUUUGAUGCAUUUUUCUUUUUUUUUUUUAAAGUUUGGUGAUAUCAAGACGAGUGAGUGAGGGAGCAUACAACAACUACAAAACAAGGGACAACAUACAAACAGGCUAACACUGUUUAAGAUUCAAUUUUAAAUGUCCUUUUUAAAUUAUCAGUUUUUAGAUUUGGUAUAGGAUACCAAUACAUGAUCUACCACUGUCUUGUGUUGUCUAACAAUCAAGGAUAUCUGAUAUUGAUAUCGGUCCGAUAUCAGCCAAAAAACGAAUAUCGGAUUAUAUCAGCGUGCAUCUAAAUGCUCCGAUAUCAGCACUCCGAUACAAGCAGUCCAUUCUAGACUCCACUUCGGCACCUCUAGCUAGCAGCGCCCUGAUCCAGCAUGUAGAGCCCAUGUGAUCACAACAGCAGUUUGUACUAAGGUACUAACACAGUAGCGAGGAGUAGGAGUGAUGUCGGACAUCGCAGCUUUCCAACGUCUUUUUAUCAUGUAAUUACCAGAUAAUUUCAUGUUGUUACUAGGUAAUUACCUGUUAAUUACCUAGUAAUAAGUGCACCGUAAAACAAAGUGUUACCGACACUCCUUAUUUCUGGUGCAUUACUUCCUUCCCUGUAUGCCCUUACAGGGAAGGAAGUUUGUGCCAAUAUCGGUAUCGACCAAUACUGGAGGCUACAAUAUCGGUAUCGUAUCAGAAGUAAAAAAGUUGUAUCAGGACACCCCUACUCACAAUACAGUACCAACAGUUACACUAUUAUUGACCGUGUUAGAAAGAGGCCAAGUCUUAUCAUUGGUAAAUACCGGCAUCAUACCUUUAUGGUCUCCACACAUCAAUCCCAUUUUCACUCCUUCAGUCUUCUAAAACCAGAACGAUGAAGAGCCUCACAAUCUAUUGCAACAUCAUGAUUUUAAAAGAAAUGAAAUAAAAAUAGACGAAAUCUGUUUGAGUCUGUCAUUACAUGAUGAGGUUUUGAGCAGCACGCCUAAGUUACAUAAUCCCUUUCCUUUUUUAAGACCUUGAUUCACUUUACAUAAUCAUAGCUUUUAUGUGAACUCUUUGUUAUCAUAAUUCUGGCACCAUCUCCGAGCAGCCUUGUCAUAAAGGGUUAGAGGACUGCGAUGAUAAAACGAGGGAGGAUGAGUUAAAGGCGCGACUUAAAAGCGCAGAUGAUAACCGAACAGAUGAGACGUCUGUUCUCGGUGUAUUUAUACUCCACUCAGCCUCGUUUCUCCACAUCAGACAGCAGCAUUAUGUCGGCUCAUCACUAUGAGAUGUGGCCUUAUUUGAUCCCAGAAUAGAUACCGUCAGUCGCCUACAACAAUAAGACAAGACGAGCUGAGUAAUAUUGACAAUGACAGCCUGCGGUGUGAGUACAGACAGAGAGCAGGAGCUGUAAACAUUAAUAAACACAUGUGUGGUGUGUUUUAUCUGAGCUUAGGGUUUUCUCGCUGUUUUGUUUAGACAAUCUGAUUUGCACCCGUAGAGGUUUUCGCAGUCUCGCUUUGACACACUGCCUCUUAUUUUUACCCUCCAGAAGAUGGAGAUCGACCUGAUCUCUGUCUCCUCUCUCCGGGAGUAGGAGGAGAUGAGAGCGAAUUAUUUUAGACCAAGCGUCUUCGGGGGUGUGUGUGCGUGGGCGGACUCGGUAGCCUACAUUGUCUUGCGCUGCUUGUUUUCUUUAACAUGCCCCACACCUUAUUUCACACAUGUAGCAGGAUGUUUGAACACAGUGUGCCGGCUGCAGAAAAAGCAGAAAAGUGUUUUUUUUUCAUUCAGUCACAAAAAGUGAAGUUUGAGAAGUGUGAUGAACAAGAUUUAAGCACCUCAGAUAUUUCAAAAAGUCCGCUUCAGGUCUGAUUAUUGUUGAAUUUGUGUUUUUUAGGACCUCAACAAGCGCUUGUCUCUGCCUGCUGACAUCAGAAUCCCCGACGGUUACCUGGAGAAGCUCCAGCUCAGCAGCCCCCCCUUCGACCAGCCGCUCAGCCGACGCUCACGCCGCGCCUCUCUGGUCAGUGUCUGUCCGUCUGUCUUUGUGUCUGUGUGUGUUUUGGUCUCCUUUUUUUUACCUUUAUUGCUUUUUCUGCGCCUUAACCAGAGAAUCCCCCCCCCCCCCCCCAUUCUGUGUGAGUUACCAUGGCAACCAUCCCAGUGUGAGGCCGGGAUUGAUUAAUCCGGAGCCACGAGCGUUUACCUCCUGCCUUUAGUCUCAUCAAAUUAGAUCAUAAUGCUCGGCUGUUGUGUGACUAUGCAAAUUUCCUGAGGAGGCUCAUGUGUCGUUGAAGUUUAUCAUCAGUUCAGAAAAGGUUUUUAUCUGCAAAGUUUUGAUCUUUAUUUGUGGUAAUAAAGGUGGUAAUUUGAUGUUUUAUUAAUAAUCUGUUGUAACUGAUUUAAUCCCAGACAAUCACAGAGGAGGCCAUGUAAACUCAAUAAAUGUGUUGCAGCUACAAUUGUGUAUUUAUGUCAAAGUACAGAUCUAAAUGACAGAUUUUUAGAUAUUCAGAAAAUCAGCCUUUUCCUCUGUUUUUGUAUUUGACACUGGUUUGAAAACAAGCUUUGGUUGUUAGGAGAGACAAUACAGUACAUCCGCUGUUUAUUUAUUCAAUUAAAUCCAAUCUGCUUUAUUUCUACAGCACAUUUUAAAAAACAUUCAACUUUACCAAAGUGAUGCACAGUAAAAUUAAAAGAACAAACACUGCAGAAAACAUCAAGAGGAAAUAAAUAAAAGCAGGUCAAAACAUUUAAAAUGAAAUAAAAUAAAAACACAAAAGCUUAAAAGAAAUAAAAGUGAUAAAAGGACCAUAAAAGACGUAAAAGUACAGAGAUCACACAACUCUCAUGCUGAACUAAAAGCCAAGGAAUAAAAAUGAGUUUUAAGACGUGAUUUAAAAUUAGAAAGAGUGGGGGAUGUUUUGAUCUCGAGUGGAAAUUCGUUCCACAAUUUGGGAGCCACAGCCGAGAAGCUCGGUCGCCAUGGGUUUUUAAAUGAGUUUGAGGGACGAUGAGUUGGAGCUGAUCAGCAGACCUCAAGGAACGUGUGGGGGUAUAAACUUUUAACAGGUCAGAGAUGUACUGCGGUGCUGAUCCAUUUAAAGAUUUAAAAACAAACACUAAAAUUUUAAAAUGAAUUCUAAAAUGAACAGGACGCCAAUUGAGGGACGCCCGAAUUGGAGUGAUGUGGUCACGCCGCAUUAUAGAUAAUUUACAUUGAAUAAUCCUAAACAUUUGUUUUAUAUUUCUGAUGUUUUUAUGUUUGUCUUCAUUUACCAUAACACAAAUUCCCCCCUUCAAAGACAUUCAGUUUCUCUAAAUUGUGCAUUAUAUACUGCCAGCUGUUUCUGAUGGCAGAGAUAGGUUAUCACUGGAUUGAUUUAACCCUGGAGAAAAGCCAAAGAGCGCUGUAAGAGCCUAUGUCAAGAUUAUAUGAUUAUUAUAAAGCAUGGAUGUCAUCUUAGCACACUUGCUUGAAAUUGUAAGCAUGAAUCUUGGCCUGCUAUAAUCAACAUAUAGAGGGGAAACAUUACCCAGUAAAGUUGUCAUGAUUAGAGGAAAUAGCUAUGAAGACUUUAGUCUGGUUUAGGUUUUUGUACUAGACUAAAACAGGAUCUUAUAGGGGCUCCAAACCUUAAGUGGACACUCAAAACCUGCUGCAUUUAGCUCUUUAGGACUGUCAACACACCUUCAGUUGAUCCAUGUCUAAGUUUUACAAAGGCAAUGCUAGGUUAUGCUGUUAUUUAUCAUCACUGAACAUGUACUUGACUCUGCCCUCUGUGUCUUCUCCUCAGUCGGAGAUCGGUUUUGGAAAGCUAGAGACGUACAUUAAGCUGGACAAACUAGGAGAAGUAAGGAAGUCCUGAACUCCUGUCUGACAACAAUAAUGGAAGAAAAAUGUCCGAUAACUUCUGUCUGACCAGACUUGUGUGUUGUGUUCAGGGAACCUACGCCACAGUAUUUAAAGGACGCAGUAAGCUGACAGACAACCUGGUCGCACUGAAGGAGAUCAGGCUGGAGCAUGAGGAGGGAGCGCCGUGCACCGCCAUCAGAGAAGGUCAGCUGGAAAAACUAAACCUUUAUAACACUUAUCUUGAUUAUUAAUGAAGUGUGUUGCCUCAUGCGUCAGGAACGAUGUUCUAAAUGUGUUUCUGUUCGAGUAAACACCUCUGUCUGUGUCCCUGCAGUGUCGUUACUGAAGGACCUCAAACACGCCAACAUAGUGACGCUACACGACAUCGUCCACACUGACAAGAGCCUCACGCUCGUCUUCGAGUACCUGGUAACACUUAGAGCUUUGAGAGUGAAUUCAUUUGCCUUUAGAUGGAGUACAUGAUCAUGAUACUGUGCAUUAUUACAAUAGAUAAGAACACUAUUAGAUAGAGAGGUGAAUUAAUGACUGUACCAGGAAUUAAAAACAGGAAAAGAGAGCUAAAACAUACGUGGAAAACAAUUAUUGAUAAGAUGAUGUAUUUGUAUGUGCUGUUUUCUCAUGGUGUCAUCUCCUCCUGCAGGAUAAGGACCUAAAACAGUACAUGGACGACUGUGGCAACAUAAUGAGCAUGCACAAUGUGAAGGUGACUCUCCUUAUUAUGAUGAAGCGCUAGUUAACAGCUCCUAGAUCCAGUAAAAAUGACUCUUUUAGAUUAAUUUUUACACCCCAUUUGGAGAUUUUUUUGACAUUUUUUUUAACUUUUUUAUGCGCUUUUUUGUUUUAUUGUUUUGAUUGUAUUUAGUGAUGCAAAAGUGAUGCCAAAAUACUCCCUCAACAGAUGCUGACAUCUGGACUUUAAGUCUGAGCUGGGUUGUUGACGCCCUCCCUAGCUUCUGUUUGCCAAAACACAGAUUUAUCGUACCAAUAAAGCAGCAAAGUUCUGGAGGCUGACCAAGUCGACUGUGUUUGGAUCCCUGAGUUAAUUUAAAGCAGAUAAUCACAGUCCUGGAAAAUUUAGUGUGCCUUUUUUUUUUUUGCUUGUGAGCUGUGAAUCGUCGCAGUUUUCCCCUUUUGCUUUUAUAAACAAUCUAAAAGUAAAGUCAGGAAAUAACUCAUGAUGAGAACUUAACAAUAUUGACAUUUUCCAUGCUGCUUAACAUUGAUAUGACUUGUAAUAUGAUUUUAAAGUUUCAUCCAUGUCCCAUCUGUUUACAUGGAGGACACCCACUUCGUAGUCUGUCGCACGUCACUAACAUGUACGUUUUUUGUUCCAGAUCUUUCUGUUCCAAAUUUUGCGGGGCCUGUCCUACUGUCACAAGAGGAAAGUUCUCCACAGAGACCUGAAGCCCCAGAAUCUCCUCAUCAACGAGAGAGGAGAACUCAAACUGGCAGAUUUCGGUGAGAAGGAGGAGAACCACAACAACAGCAGCAAAACAAUAAUAAAUUUCUUUCCCAAUUUUUUAAAAAAUUAUUUCAUUUAUUUUUAUUUAUUUCAAACAUGUCUGCAAAAAUAAAAAAUUCCAUUUACAUACAAAGAAAAAAAUAAUGAGGUAAUGUUUGAAAAGGAGUAGGAAGAAGUAAAUCAAACUUGAUGGUUUUCGGUUGAGUCCUGUACUGAUUUGAUGGUUCAUUUCUUACAGGUCUGGCAAGGGCCAAGUCUGUCCCGACUAAAACCUACUCAAACGAGGUGGUCACUCUUUGGUACCGGCCUCCAGAUGUUCUGCUGGGAUCGUCUGAGUAUUCAACACAGAUUGAUAUGUGGUAUGAGACUCACUGCGGCGAACGUUCGCCUCAUUUGACACGACAAGUUCCUGCUUUUGUUAUCGCUAGAACAGACCGGGACGGUGGGGGAACUAACAAGACCUGUCCGCAGCUGACUGCAGACUUAAAAAACCUCGAUAGUUGAAGAAAGAAGGGAGAAGCUUUAAAUAAAAUAAAGAUAAAGAGGAGGAGUGUGAAAGUCUCUGGUGCAAAGUUUCAGUAACCCUUAAACAUAUGAAAACUUAAUAAAAAUGAACUCUUUAAAGAAUGGCAGAAUAAUUCAUCCUGUUUGGUUGUACAUCCCCCAAACAUGCCCCAAUCCUGGUCCAAGAACGGUCUCUUUUUUGGGGAUUUUUUCUGAAUGAAAAUAAAUUAAUUGCACCUUUUAAAUGAAACCUCUUCUCCGUGCUCGUGUGUGUUUGUGUCUGCAGGGGUGUUGGCUGUAUAUUCUAUGAGAUGGCUGCAGGUCGGCCGCUGUUCCCCGGCUCCACCGUGGAGGACGAGCUCCACCUCAUUUUCAGGUUACUGGGUGAGUGAUCGUCUCUGCCUGGACGGAUCAAAAGAACAACUCAAAUGACUUUACCGGUAUAAUGAAGCAGCUACAACCCUGUAUGUUUGUGGUUCUGUCACCUCAGGCACACCCACAGAGGAGAACUGGCCGGGGAUCUCCUCCAUUGAAGAAUUUAAAUCUUACAACUUCCCCAAAUACAAACCACAGCCGCUGAUCAACCAUGCCCCCAGGUACUGUGACCCAUCUAAGUGUGUGUGUUUGUGAAUGUCGGCCUGCACGCUCUUAUUCACACAUUUGUUUGUUCUCUGCACCCAUGGCUCCAUUUCACUUCCUCUUUCACAUGUACGCUAAUUGUGUGCGUUCACGUGCGGGUGUGUUUUUCGCAUGAGCAGGAUAUCCUGUGGAACGUUUCACAGACGGCUGUCCACUUCCUUCCUCCCCUGAGCCCCGACAUUCCCAUCAGCCCUUUUCUCGCAGGCAGACUAUUAAUUGUCGCUCUUCCUUUUGUCCCCUUUAGGUUGGACGGCGAAGGCAUCGAGCUGCUGCUGGCUUUCCUCAAAGUGAGUCCUUCUUACUUCCUCCCAUAAAAGAGAAAUGAACACGUGCGCUCAUGCCUCUCCUUGACCUUUAGAGAUGGGAUUGCCUGUAAAGCUCAGUGGUCCACUAAAGCUUCGUCCACACUUGACUCCUGAAGGUUUUCUCACUUCGUGGGGAUCGCUUCAUGUCCCAACUUUACCCAGACUCUUUUCAGACAGCCUCUUUGUUUAAAGGGAUAUUCUGGCGUAAAAUUAAUUUAGGGUCAAACACACUGUAACACUGAGUUAGACACCCCGUCGACAGAUGAAUGUUGCCAACCGCUUGCUUCUCUGGUUAUACCAACUUUAGUAACGACCGCACGAUAGCAAUACACAGAGGUCUGAGGAGCCAUAAACAAACCUCAACCAAAACGCCACUCUAUAGCCACAAAUAAUGCUCAGAACAGCACCUAACUUCAUCAACAGUACAUAUAGGGUCCCAGCCACAGCACUAGCCACCAAACAUCUUUUAAACUUUGCCUGAUUUUUUUAGCAAAGAGACUAAACACAACUCACCAUCUCUCUUUGAGCAGCCGCUUGUUCAUAGCAGGACCUCCGAGUGAGUCCAUCGACUGCAGCGGGGUGCCGCAGCUCAAGGAAGAACAUUUAUGAUUAUUACUUCAUGGAAAUGCAACCAGACCGAGAUGCUAAAGCAGAAGAACUACCGUGUCUGCAGUGCAAAAUGAUGAUUACGAUGAUUAUUACUUCAAGAAAAUGAUAAAGAAAUGAUCAUAAAUGUUCUUCCUUGAGCUGCGUCACCCCGUUGCAGUCGAUGGACUCACCUGGAGGUCUCUGUACAAACAAGCGGCUGCUGGAAGAGAGUAGGUGAGUUGUGUUUAGUCUCUUUGCUAAAGAAAUUAGGCAAAGUUAAAAAGAUGUUUGGUGGCUAGUGCUGUGGCUGGGACCCUAUAUGUACUGUUGAUGAAGUUAGGUGCUGUUCUGAACAGAGAAAGAAUACACAUUGAUUCAAUGCUUUUAUUUUGAAGAUGUGUCCAAGAUGGUUUCUCACUAUGGCUGCAGGAAAGCUGUGCUAACUAUUAAACACAGCUUGUAUAAUUGAAGUAUUUCUUCUUGUGUAACCUACUCCUCCAUGUAUCCUUCUCUGUGCCCCACUCACUGCUCGGUUGGUGUCUUUGUGUAAAUGUUUAUUGUGUUUGAAAUGCAGAAACAUCCUGAUAUCAGCACAAAGUGACCAUCAAAGGAGACAUUUACUCUCCUCCUUGUCCUAUUUAUGCGACUAAACCCCUCACCUAAACCAUUAUAUGAAGUUGUGAGAGCAUAUCUGAUGAAGAUUAUGUCCUGCUGUGAGAUGCAUGUGUGACAUUUAAGACCUUGUAUCCUGAGAUAUCUGCAUAUCAGGUUCUCAGUGUCCUGAAAUGAUCAGUUCAUGUGUGAAAGGAGAUUUAGUGUUGUAUGAGAAGAGGUCGAUAUGUCACCAGCUUCAAAGUCAGCCCCUCAUCAUCACAUGACUGUAAGUUGUCAGGAGGCGCCGGAUCAGCUCAUUUGGGUCAGAUCUUUCGAGGAUCAUCAGUACCAUCUUUAGACAGCAGGAGGCAUCGCCCCAUCAGAGUUCCCCUUUCAUUAAAUUUACAAUCCGGUUCCUGUUUCCAGUCCAUUUCGGUCCGUCUCAGGGAAUUUCUGAUUGCAUUACUAAACAGGCAAACAUCAUCAUCAGCUGGAAUCACAGGGUGGCUGAUGUGUUUCCUGUUUCUGUCUCCGCAGUACGAGUCCAAGAAGAGGAUUUCGGCUGAUGAGGCGAUGAAACAUUCCUACUUCAGGCAGCUCGGGAUGAGAGUUCACACACUGUCUGAAGGUGAGCACAAUCAAAGCCGAGUGAGUGAAAUACAAUCAUUCUUAUUUCUUUGGGCUCUAACCUAAUUAUUUUCUUUGUUUUGUAGGUGUAUCAAUAUUUACAUUAAAAGAGGUGCAGCUGCAGAGGGACCCUGGCUACAGGAACUCCUCAUACCCAGAGUCAGGUGGGUGGGGGGACACAUCCAGACGCUCCAACAUUUAACUCUUUAAAUCAGGAGACAUCUUGAGAAAUAAACUUCUGUGACCAGAUGUGAAAAGGAAAUCAUUAGACAACAGAUGGCACAGGCUGACAGGCCUCUGAGUCACAGAAUCACAGAGAUAGCAUGACUUAGUUCCAAGGAAGCAACAAGUUUGUAAUAAAGUUUUUUUCCUACAUUUCCCAUGAUGCAAAUGGAAAAAGUCAUCUCAUAAGAAAGCCCCAGCACCAUAAAGUUCAGUGUCUUUAAAGCCCCGAACUUCAUCCAGUAAAGGUCAAAAGGUUACUAAGGGUCAUACCAUCAAGUUUCUGAUUGUUCUAAACUAUAAAAUGCUGAUUUUUGUUAAGCCCCAAUCUUAGACCUGAUUGACUUCAUGACCCGUUAUUGUUUGAGGACCAAAAAGGGAAACAUGACUCUAGGGAUGGAUGCCAACUUUUUUGUAAUUCCAGUCAAGUGAGGGGUUACAAAAACCACAUCCAGCCAAGACUUCCUCUUCUGUGCUGUGAUGACGUCUAUAACGUAUAUGCUGAUGCUCACUUCUUGAUGUAUUACUUCACCCUAAUCAUCUUGGUGCAUCAGUGGACACACAAAUGCUUCACCCCGGCCUAUUUAAAGGUGGGGAAGGCAGGAAUCCGUUAAAGAAGUGUCUUUUUUUGUGGUGUUUAUACAAAGAAGCUUUUGAUAUCAGUCAAUAGCUGUUAGUUAUUGAGGACUUUUGGUAAUAUAACGAUAUCGCUGUGUUUUGUUUUGUCUGUGUAGUCAACAUUUAAAAAAUUUUGAGCGGUCUGCUUUUUCUGACUGUCCCUUUUCGUGUGUCAUGACCUAAAGGAUUAUGGGUAUUGUAUUUUUAGUCUUUCCUCUGUCUUCCAGGUAACGGCAAGAUCAACAGGAGGCAGAGCAUGCUCUUCUAGAGUCUGAUGAAGACGACGGUCCACUGUCCAGCUUCAUCACCACUUCCCACCGACCUCUCGCAUGAGCCCACCUCCCCUCAGAGUGAACCCCUCCCCCUCUAACCUGCACACACACGCGUAAACACACACACACACACACCCCUGUGAGCGAGUGACUCUGGGUUGAAUCGAGGAGAAGACUGUGUUUAUUUAUUGGGGGGUGGGGUGAGGUUGAAUUUUUUGCUGCUAAACUACUACUGUCUGUAUUUAACACACCGUGUGUGUGCAUGUCUGUGUGUGUGUGUGUGUGUGUGUGCGCGCGUGUGUGUGCGCGUGUGUGUACAUGAUGUGAACUCGAGUCGCCGUGCACAGUUGAGCAGUCAGUACGGUUAAUAUUGUUUUUCUGCUGACGAUUCUCCGGCUUCGUUUUGAGUUUAGAAAUCCACUGAUGUUAAUGUCGACGCUGUGAUCCAAGUUGUUGUUCUUCUUGUCGUGCUUGGAGACCGAACGCUUCACUUUCUUCAGUUUUUUUUUUCUUUUAUAAAUAUGUAAAUCUAUAUAUAUAUUUGAAGUUUAUGUUUUGUUUUUCUUCGAGCUUCCGUGACUGAACUCUACAUUUCCAGGUUUGGGAAGACCGGGACACUCACAUGGUCUCGGUUGAGGGGGGAAAAAACACACUUUCUCUGGAUUCUUCUUUUUUCUGAAACAUUUUAACCGGACUCUUCUCCUGGAGGCUCUUUCGCCCUCAGGAGGUUUACACACUGAUGGUCAAAAAAGCAGGAGUGUGAGCGAACAGUUUUGAACUGUGAGUUAAAGAAGCACACGAGAGUCCAAUCAAACUGGAAGAACAUGAAACCAGCUUGCAGGUCUGUUCUUGCUCAGCGGCGGGACCAAAAGGAAGAAAAAAAGAGGGGAGGAAAAGAUGAGCAAAAAGCACGAAUGAAAGAGCAGGAAAACCGGAGCUGAACAGGAAAUCAUGUGAUGUCCCACAGGAAGCCAGCAGGCCUUCCCUUAAACCCCUCACAAACUGCCAGGACUUCAGCGCUUUUUAAGGAAAUAAUGCAAGCUUCGCUCUUUCUGGCUCUGUGCGUGUUCGGAGAUCUCACUGCAGUAACUUUUUUUAUUAACUUGCACUUCAGCGUGUUUUUUGGAAUCAGGGACCUGGGCCGCGACACGGCCGAGUUUACCCAACAGUAUUAAGACGUGUUCUCUGUGUCUGUGACCUUUGACCUCUCCUUGUGAAAUAACAGUGUCUUUGUGGCAUGUUUUUCGGAGGGAGGUGGGAGGGGAGGGGUGGGGAUAGACGGGAUCGGGGUGGGUUAUUCAAAAGCUGAACAUGGCGUCGGACCACUGCUCCAGCAUUUGUACACAAGGAAAAAGAAAAAAAAAGAGAUUUCAAAUUGAAAUUUUAGAUUUAAUGUCCGCUGUCCGAUGAAGCCUGUUGUGGAGUCUCACUUCUGUAAACUGCAUGUCUGUUGCAGAUUUUCUAACUUUGCUGUCUCCUGGUGUUCUUUGCAUUCCUGACUUUAUUAAACUGCAGUAAGCGUUUGUCUUAUUCCCGUGGACCAACAUAAAAUAAGUGUACUCGCUUCAAAGUACGGGUUUUUCAAGCAGCUGUGUGAUAGCGGCGAGUGUUUGGAGUCGUUGAAAGAAACAGUUUUCGUUUUAGGAAAAAAAUGCUCUUUCUCGUUCUUGUCAAAAUUUGAUGACAACCUCUGAGAUUCUUGUGAUUUAAACAUGUUACUGAUCGCUCGAGUGCGCACUGAUAUUUAAAUCCAUGAGGCACAGGUGUAUCUCGGUAUGGAAAUGUCUGUUAAAGGGAUUUUCCAGCGUAAAAUUGAUUUAGGGUCAAACACAUCGUAACACUGAGUUAGACACCCCCUCAAGAGAUGAAUGUUGCCGACCGCUUUCUUCUUUAGUUAUACCAACUUGAGUAAUGACCGCACAAUAGCAAUACACAGCGGUCUAAGCAGCCAUAAACAAACCUCAACCAAAACGCAACUCUUUAGCCACAAAUAAUGCUCAGAACAGCACCUAACUUCAUCAACAGAACAUAUAGGGUCCUAGCCACCAAACAUCUUUUUAACUUUCCCUGAUUUCUUUAGCAAAGAGACUAAACACAACUCACCUACUCUCUUCCAGAGGCCGUUUGUUGUAGUCUGCAGUCCAAAAUGAUUAAUAUGGUGAUUAUUACUUCAAGGAAAUGAUAAAGAAAUGAUCAUACAUGUUCUUCCUUGAGCUGUGACACCCCACAGCAGUCCGUAAUGGACUGGCCCAAAGUCUCACUACAAACAAGCGACUGCUGGAAGAGAGUAGGUGAGUUGUGUUUAGUCUCUUCGCUAAAGAAAUUAGGCAAAGUUAAAAAGAUGUUUGGUGGCUAGUACUAUGGCUAGGACCCUAUAUGUCCUGUUGAUGAAGUUAGGUGCUGUUCUGAGCAUUAUUUGUGGCUAUAGAGUUGCGUUUUGGUUGAGGUUUGUUUAUGGCUCCUCAGACCUCUCUGUAUUGCGAUCGUGCGGUCGAUACUAAAGUUGGUAUAACUAGAGAAGCAAGCGGUGGCAACAUUCAUCUCUUGAGGGGGUGUCUAACUCGGUGUUAAAUUAAUUUUAUUCCAGGAUAUGCCUUUAAUGCAAAAGUGACAGCUUGUGGUUUCUUACAUCCUUUACUACUUCUUGGUGUGGCGAGGCGCAUUAACCUCAGGGUGUCUUGUAGACGCAGUGGAGCUCUAUGGCAGCUGUGGAAUAAUCCUAAUCUUUACCCCGUGUUGAAUUAUUUCAGAGACACUUGUAGGAAUAUUGUUUUUACUUUUAGGUAGAACCAAUCCUGCUGCCAACCUGUUACAGUUUUAGGCAAAGUUGAGUCAACUGGCUGCACGGACACUGUAAUCGAAUUUCUCAUCUGCUUAUUAACAAGAAGGAGAACGAGCGUGUUUUAGUGUCAGCUCCCAACAAUCAAAACCAAUGGAGGAGGAAUGCAUCAUGGAGAAGGCAGAGAUAGCAGCUUCUACACUCACAGUAGCAAAAAAAAAGAGUAAGAGUGCAGUGCGUAAGCUUCUGCAUUUAAUAACAUCAGGAAUGCACCGAACAACACGGUGAACAUGCAAGAAUGUGAGAGGAUGACUGAGAAAGUCUGUGCAGGAUUUUCAUCAUGCAGCUCUUUUGCUCGGCAUCUGAUUUGUGAAAUUUCAUAUUCAUGAUCCGAAAUUUAAAAAACCUUGUGUCCAGGUAUCAUGUAAGUAAAGUGCUGGAGGCACUUCAACACUUGAUAGACUCAAAGAGCCGAGAGCGUUGGUGUGAUAAACAUUGACUUGAACACAGUUUGAAGCUGGUCUGUAAGAAUCCUCACUGCGUUUGUAGAAUUAAAGAGAUUGUUUUCAGACGUUCAACAAAAACUGUCACCACUUAACAAAUCCGAGUGGGAGAAACGGUGAAUGGUUUACAUUCCAAAUUACAGGACAAAAGGCAUUAUAUUAAUGAGAAACAUCCUGUAUUAUAUUGGCUAAUCCACAUUUGAUUUCUCCCUUUAAAUGGAGAAAACUGUUACCUCCUCUCUCACUGUAUUUCACACUUUUUGCAGAGUCUGGAUUGAGUUUGGAAAUUCACCCACAGUGCGAAGUUUCCGCACAUUUCAAACACAAGGCUGGAGGAUCUUUGCAUAACUAACUUCAAACUGUGUUUCAGCUCAGAGCAGUUUUUGUUUUUAAGGAGAUUUCUACAACGGCUCGGUAUUUAUCAUUGUAAAACUGUAAAACUUUUUUUCAAACGUAUGAAUGAACCUGAAUUUACGUGAACAUGUCUGAGCGCGCGUAUGUGUGUGUGCCUGGUGCAUGGAAGGCCUGCUGUGUUGUGAAUUCGACCUCUCUGAAACACUGAGCUGCCAGUCAACAGUUAGUGUGUGACUCUUUUUACUGGAACUAUUUAUUUCUCAUAACCAUUGAAAGUAAAUUUAAUCUGUUUCAUAAACUG